GAUAUACUGUGCAAGCUAUAACAAGAAACUAUCCCGUCUUACAAAUCGUAAAGUAAAGCAACAAAAUGUCCGGGCAGCAACCGCCGCCAAAUCAACCACCCUUCGGUGGACCACGUGGCUGGAAUCCUCGUGGACCUAAUCCACCAUCGCCGUCACCCUCUUCGUUUAUGUACAGGCCCCCUUCGCCUUGGACUCCGGUAGCUCCAAGCCCUCCACCAAUUAUAUCGGGCCCACGACGUCCGUCCAUGCCCUCGCCAGCACCUAUGAGUCCCACGCCAUUUGGUCAUGCCAUGUCACCGGGACCAAAUAAUCUUCGAGGAACACGUGGCACAAAUAAUAUACCUCACCCGAGACCACAGUGGCCGCAACAAUCGCCCUUGGCUGGCAAUCAGUCACCGGCCCCCUUCAUGCAGCCAUCGUUCUAUGCCAAUUCGCAGCCAACUACGCCACAGUUGCCCCCUAAGGUGGCUGCCUCUCCAACCCCAUACGGCGUAGGCCAAAGUAAUGGCCCCAAACCUUUCCGUCCGUUGCAGUUACAAAACUCAUAUGGCGUUGGUGGCGGUGCUGCUGCUGCCAGUUCAUUUCAAUUGUCUCCUACUCCGUCGCCGAUUGUCUGUCAAACGCCUAAUUCGGAUUUCACCUUUGGCAGUAAUCGUCAAACUCCAAUGUCUCAUGCCUACGAAACACAGCAACAGCAGUAUAUGAGACAACAGCAACAACAACAACCACAAUAUCAUCCAUCAUCAUCCAUAGGUCAAUCACCACAGCAACGUCCUCAAUCACAAAACCAAUACGACUAUGUUGGUGUACCGCUCGAGCCUCCACAACCUAAAUCCUAUGUGAUUUACGAUGAUGAAGAGGAAUAUGGUCCAUCAACAGCAGAAAUUAUAGCGAAUCAAUCGCAAGACUAUGUCGAUGAGAAGUUGGCAGAAUAUCAAAUGACAAUUCUGCAAUUACAAGAGGAACAAGAACGUGUCCAAAAGAAAACAUUCACUAAUUGGAUUAAUUCAUACCUCUUGAAGCGUGUUCCACCGCUUCGAGUCGAUGAUUUAAUCAAUGAUCUGCGCGAUGGCACCAAGUUGAUUGCACUUUUAGAAGUGCUAUCCGGUGAGAAAUUGCCCGUUGAAAAGGGUCGUGUUCUGAGACGUCCACAUUUCCUCAGUAAUGCCAACACAGCCCUGCAAUUCUUGGCCAGCAAACGUAUCAAGUUGGUUAAUAUCAAUCCAGCCGAUUUGGUGGAUGGGAGACCACCAGUUGUCUUGGGUUUGAUAUGGACAAUCAUUUUGUACUUCCAGAUCGAAGAGAAUAGCCGCAACCUUGAAUAUUUGGGUCAUGGUAUCAGUGGUUCGGUUAGUUCUCUGGACAGUGUUGGCAAGAAUGCCAGCGAUGUCAAGGCUGAGAAAUGGAAGCAGGGUGCCCGUAAGACUUUACUUAACUGGGUAACCAAUGCCUUACCAAAAGAAAGCGGUGUAGAGGUUAAGGAUUUCGGCGCCAGUUGGAGAGAUGGUGUCGCCUUCCUGGCCCUCAUCGAUGCCAUUAAGGCCAAUUUGGUUAACUUGGCUGAAUUGAAGAAGACAAGCAAUCGUCAACGUCUCGAAACUGCUUUCGAUGUGGCCGAAAGCAAGUUGGGCAUUGCGAAACUGCUUGAUGCUGAGGAUGUGGAUGUACCAAAACCCGAUGAAAAGAGUAUUAUGACCUAUGUGGCUCAAUUCUUGCACAAGUAUCCCGAACCAAAGGGUGCUAACAAGGAUCUGUCACAUAUCCAUCAAGAAUUGGAUGAACUGAGACGUUUCUUGGUGGAGAAAACAACUGAAUAUGAGCCCAUGGUCUUGGGCAAUUCUUUCCCGCGUGAUUUUGCCGAGUAUCUUAUUGCUCGCUCCGAGGUUGACGCCCACAUACCAACCUACAAUCGCUUGAAACAAUUAGUGGAAUCACAGAGUGGUUUCCUACAGGUACCCAAACACACCUGGGAAGAUAUCAACAGCCUGUGGCAACGUGUACAAUAUCAAAUGAUGUACUGGUUGUGGCUUCUGGAUUCUGAACUGCCCGGUGACUUCGGCGAAGUAGGCAAAUGGCUGGCCGAGGCUGAGAAAAUUCUCAUGGACAAUGACAUUCCCAAUUCCAUGAAUGAGGAAACCGCCGCCAUAAUAUCUCGCAAAUUGGAGGAGCACAAACUCUUCUUUGCCGAUUUGCCCCGUAUCAUUGCCAUGUUCGACAAUGCCAAACGUUCACCGUUGGCCCAGCAAGUACCUUUGGAGCAGCUGCGCAACAUGGAGAAACGUUUGCAGGAUGUAGGACCCAGAGCUAGUGAACGUAGAAUUAGAUUGAAAUUCUUGGAGCACAAGUGCUGCCUGGUGGCCUUCUUGAACUUGGUCGAGAAUAAGAUGAAGGGAUGGACCGGUAAAUACGGCACCGAAGAUAAGGUCGCGCAACAACUUGAACAGUACAAGAACUUCGUAUCGCGCAACAAGAUUUUCCAAGAGUUCCAAAAGGCUUUCGUCGAUAUGCAACAGGUGGUUGACGAAUACAAACGUGACGGCAAUGUGUCUCGCAAGGAAACCAUUGACAUUGACCGUUUCAUGUACGAGACCGAGGAGAGAUGGAAGCGUGUCUCCAUGGAAUUGAAAUGUUGUCAGAACUCAUUGGAAGAAGUGGUCAAUUGCUGGAAGACAUGGCAUCAAUUGGCUCCUCAGUGUGAGGAGUGGCUUCGUUUGGCCGAGCAAAAGGCUAUGCAAUCAGAAGAUGAAAAAUUGGAAUUCUUCCAAGACAUUUCCGUGUGGAAGGAUAAAUUCGAUGCUCUUGCCAAUGCCGCCAACUACUUGAUAGCUUCUUGCGAAGAGCCCAUUGCCCAAAAUCUGAGACAGCACCAUGGCAUGUUAGCCGACCGUUUCGAACGGCUCUUUGCCAAUACCAAGAAAUACAUGCAUGCUGGUGACAUCAUCAGAGCCCGCCAGGAAUAUAAGUCCGGCAUUGAAAAGUUGUCGCAAUGGUUGCGCUAUGCUGAAAGUGUCUUGAACCAAAAACAACAAUUGGGAGACAGUGAGGCCAUUCGCAAAUAUGGCGAUGAGUUGCAAAAACUCGCCUCAGAAAUCGAUGACAAUGAGGAGUUGUUCAAGACGAUUAGUCGCAACAUCCAAGGCAUGAUCCAAGAUCUGUCACGUGAAGAAGUCGACAGUAUGAUGAAGACCUUGAAGCAAGAGAAGGAGGCUCUGGUACGCAUUAGGGCCCAAAUUCCCAGCAAGCUUCAUUUGAUCCAUCAACUGCUUAUCCAGCAAGAAUCUUUGGAAGCUGGUCAAAAGGAAAUCCAUCAGUGGCUAAACGAAGCAGAAUCGUUGCUUGGCACCCACACCUUGGCCGGUGGCCGUGACAAGAUCAACGAAGAGUUGACAAAACAUAAGACCUUCUUCUCACGCACCGUCUACUAUCGUUCGAUGUUGGAGAGCAAGAACAAAGUCUUCCAGAAUCUUUUGAGGAAUGUUGUCCAGGAUGAGAACAUCGAUACCACUCAAGCCCAACACAACAUGCAACAGUUGAACGAUCGUUUCAACUACGUCAUCAACAAUUCCCAACAAUGGGAGCAGCGAUUGACGGAUUCCCUCAACUCAUGGAAUCGCUACAAAGACAACGAGAGAGUCGUUACGGAAUGGUUGACCCAGGCCGAAACUAUACUCAUUGAAAAGCACAUUGAGACCAAGACCACAAUUGAGACCCAGAAGUACUUCUUUGAAAAUGUUAACCAAAGAUGGAUGCCUGAUUUGGUAGACUCCGCACAAGACUUGUUGAAAACACUGCCAACUCAGGAACAAAAACCUGUGGUUGAUUCUGUUGAACAACUACAGAACCGCUGGCAAAAUGUUUUGGGCCAGGCUCCAUUGCAUCUCAUGAAACUGGAAUUCCGUUCGGAUGAACAAGCUUUCCAGCAGACCAUGCAGGAGGUCGAAAAAGAAUUGCAUUUGGAAGAACAAGCCCUCAAUCGUAAUGAGGAUGUCGAUUCAAUUUUGAAGCGCAAUCAGCAAUACUUCCUGCAGUCUGGCUGCCUACCCCGUUUGGAGAAAUCCUUACAAAAUAUGCAUCGCUUGGGCCAGGCCUACAAGCAGCAGAAACCGGGAGACAGCAGUCUCGAGAAUGCCUACAAGAAUGCUCACUCUCAAUACACCCACCUCACCAACAAAAUCGCCUCAAUGCGUGAGACCUUACAGCAAAUUCCCGCUCAAUGGGAAUCCUACCAUGACAAGUUCACCGAAAUGGUCGAAUGGAUGGACACCGUGGACAGGAGUUUGAAGAACAUUGUCAACGAGGUGAACAGUAUGGAAGAAUUCGAAAAGGAAAAAGUUGUUUUCCAGCUCAGGGAACUUGUGAAAAUAUGCCAAGAAGCCGACAAUAAACGUGAGGAUAUGAAGUGGUUGGUCAAGACUUUAGAUCACCUCCUUAGCUAUGCCACUGAGGAUGAGGCCAAUGCCGAACAAAAGAAAUUGGAAGACCUUAUCGCCCGUUACAAGAACCUCAUACCAACCAUUGAGAUCACCAUGGUCAAGACAGAGGUGUUCUCCAAAUGCUACACAUAUAGACGUGAGGUCCAUGAAGUCGUAUGUCUUCUCAGCAAGGUCAAGGAGCAGGCUGCCAGUAUACCACCACCCGACAGCUUGGAACGUGUCAACAAACUCAUUGAAGAACAACAAUAUGCCAUUAACCAAUUGGAUCAUCAACGUCCUCACAUUAUGUCCAUGCUACAGAGAGGUCGUGAUUUGAGCAAAGAUGUCCAUGCCCCAUCCUUUGUCCAGGUCGAAGUUAAGAACUUGGAAACCGGCUGGAAUGAAGCUUACACAGAAACUUCUGAUAAGUUGCAGGCAUUGAAAGGUACACAAGCUGUUUGGAAUGACUUUUCCGAUCAGAAGGCAGAAAUUUGCCACCUCUUGCAAAUGGCUGAGACCGAAUUGCGUGCCCUCACUCCUCUGCAAACGGAUCCCAAGAACGUUAGUCAAGAUUUGAAGGCUAAACGUGAAUUGAAUGCCCAAUUGCAACAAGCUUCCCAUCAAUUGUUGCCAAAGUUGCACGCCCUCAAGGCUGAGCUGGCUCCUUUGGCUGCCGCCGAAAAGAGACCAAUCCUGGAGAAGGAAGUCACCGAAGUCGAAAAGAUGUUCUUCAAUACAAUGGAACAUGUUAAGGACCGCGUCGGCUACUUGGAGGAUUAUAGUGCUAAAUGGAAUAACUACAAGUCCCGUUUGGCUGCUUUGCAAGAAUGGGCCAACAAGGUAGCCCCCAAGGCCAUCGAAGCUUUGCACUCUGAGGAUUUGACACCCGAGGAACGUGUAAUGAAGGUCAACGCCUUCAAGGCCGUUUUGGGCGAUCGCAUGAAAGAGCUGGACAUCUUGGCCGCUGAUGCUUCCGAAUUGGCGCCCAAGGAGGGCAACAUUGCCGAGGCCAAACGUCUCAAGGGAGAAAUCACCAAACUGCAAGAAGUUCUCAGUGCCAUUAACCGCAACGUGGAUCACCAAGCCCAGGCUGUCAAGGAAGACCUUGUCAAUUGGCAACAAUUCCAGACUGGCCUGCAACACCUGAAGCCCAUCGUCGAGGAAUGCGAAAUCAAGAAACUUUUGGAAGAAGUUGUGGCCGAAAAGGAUAAUGUCGAGGAACUAAACGAUUCUUGUGAGUUGCUGAUGGAGCACAGUGCCUGUUCCAGAGUUAGAGAUCAAACUGUUGAUACCCAAGCCAAUUACACAAAAUUGUUGACAUCUGCUCAAGGUUUGGUGGCCAAGAUCGAAAAGAACUUGUCCGAUCACACUGAAUUCUUGAAUUAUAAGAAUGAAAUGGAUGCCUGGAUUGAAAAGGCCCAACACAUCUUGGAUGGCUGUACUGGCGAAGGUGAUAUUCAACAGAUCACUCAGCAAAUUGAAACUGUUAAUUCUUUGUCAUCACGCCUGCCCGAAGGUCAACAUCUUUUGGGUAUGGUCCAAGAUGCCUAUACCAAAGCAUCGAAUGUCUUGCCCGAAGAUAAACAAGAAAAAUUACGUGAUUUAAUGACAAAGGUGCGCGAGGAUUGGGACACAUUGGGCUUGGCUGUUAAGCAAAAGUUAAUCGACUUGAAACAAGCCCAAAAUCGCUGGUCAGACUUCUCCGCCAACAAAGAGAAACUCGACAAAUGGUUGAGUGAUAUGGAGAACACCCUCAAGACUAUGCCUGAUACUAAGGGCGAACUGGGUGAAAUGAAAACACAAUUGGAACGGUACAAGGCCUUGCAAAACGACAUUAAAUUGAAGGGAGCCGAACUGGACAACCUGAUGUCCGAAGCCAAGGAACUAGGUGUUGAUUUGGAUGAUGUCCACCGCCUGCAAGGCCGAUGGGAUAAGGUUAAAAACGAUUGCAAUAACCACAUCAAGGAAUUGGAAUCGGAAAUCAACGAUUACACCUCCUAUCAUCAAGCUUUGCAGGAUGUCGAGAAAUGGUUGUUGCAAAUUUCCUUCCAACUCAUGGCUCACAACUCGCUCUUCAUAUCGAAUCGUCAACAGACCCAAGAACAAAUUAAACAGCACGAGGCAUUAUUGGAUGAAAUCCAGAAGUAUCAAGCCAAUAUUGAUGAUCUCAAUGCCAAGGGUCAAAAUCAAAUUAAACGCUACGAAGCCACAACUCCGGCCAUUCGCGAAACCGUCGAAUCCCAACUGAAGAACAUUCAAGACAGUUACAAUUCCUUGCUCCAAACUUCUGUACAGAUACGCAAUCGUCUGCAAGAGUCGUUGGCUAAAUUCCAAGAAUAUGAGGAUACCUUGGAUAGCAUUAUGCGUAAUUUGGAAGAAUACGAACCAGUCAUUCAAACGGAAUUGGACGCACCAGCCACCACUUUGGAAAUGGCUCAGAACCAAUUGAAAUGUGCCCAGAACAUGCAAAACAAAUUGAAUCAUGAAAAGUCGCGUUUGGCCAGUGCUGUGCAGGCAUGUGAAGCCGCCACCGCUUCUAUCAGUCGCCCAAGUUCACCUCUGGAAACAGCUAUGCAAGUUAUUCCAGAACGUGAAUUAAUUGUGCGCGCUAAAUUGGAAGAUCUGCUGGAUCAGAUUCCCAGUAAACAAACUCAAAACUCAACGCAAGACAACGAAGAUGAUCUGCUAGACGUUGAGAUUUCUGAAGUUAGUGAUACUUUACUGGACGCCGUUUCUCAUGAACGUAUUCAGAGAUUCAAAACCAUUAUACGAUCCCAAAUGUAUAUUGUCCAUACACUAUAUGCUCUAAACACUAAGGUUCAAUCUCACUUGGGUGGAUUGAUUGCUUCCGUUAGUGAAUUGGAGCAACAGCAGAAACAACGCGCCGAAUUGGGUGAUUGGAUUAAGAAGCAGCAGAGCUCCGUAACCGAUUGGUUAACCAGGCCAUGCAAAUUGCGUCCAGAAGCUGCCAAACAGGAACUGGUUGCCAUGAAUGAUUUGUUGAAUUCCAUCGGAGAUAAGCGUUCACAAUUGAUGUUGGAAAUGACUGGAUCACUUGCCGAAGAUGAUACAGAUCUUGAUGACAACAUUGACAAACUAGAAUCAGCUCUGAUGGAUGCCAUUGCCAAGAAACAGGCUGGUCAAAAUGUUAUCGACGACUAUCGUCAAGGUGUGCAGGAUAUGCAAAACUGGAUUGACGGUUUAAUCAAGCGUAUGGAUGUCCUGGACAAGGGUUCUGGUUUGAACUGUGCACAAAAAAUGGCUGCCAUCUCGGAAAUAAAGAACGAAUAUCAACAACAAGGUCCUCAAAAGUUGCAAGAACUUAAGAACAAGGCUGCCCAAGUGGGCGAAGUCAUCAGCAACUUGGACGGCCAACAAGUUGAGGAACAAAUGAAAUCUUUGGAUCGUCGUUAUGCCGAUCUGGGCAAGCGUUUGGACCGUAAGGCCCAACUGUUGGAUGUUACCAAUAAGAGCGUCGGUGGUGUCAAGGGUGAAAUUGAUCAACUUCAAAACUGGGUCAAGGAUAAAAUCCAAGAACUUCAAGCACCCACCACCUUGGGCUAUGAACCUAAGGCUGCCGAAGCUAGACAACAAGCCAUUAAGGCUCUAAUGAAGGAUGCCGAAGGUAAACAAUCAUUGGCAGAUGCUUUGGAAAAGAGAAUAGCCAAUAUGCAGCCCGAAUUGGAACCAGCAGAAUAUGCUCAACUGGAAUCUGCUUUGCGUAAUUUGAAUAGCGAGCAAAAGAAUUUGUCUGGCGUUUUGAAAUCAGAAAUGGAGAAGGCUUUGGAUGCAGGUAAGGCUCGCAAAGCUUUGGAGAACGAUUUGGAGAAGGCUCGUGCCUGGUUGAAAUCCAAGAUAUCCGAAGUUAGGAAAUUGCCUGUCUACCAUCCUUUGACCUCUGCCGAAAUCGAAGUGAAACUGCAAGAGAACAAGAAAUAUGACGAUGAUGCUAAACAAUUCAGCGACAGCGUGUUGAGCGAUGUCCAACGUCAAGCUGCAAAUAUUAUGAAGGAUUGUUCGGAUGCCGACAAGGCUGCCCUGCAAAAGAUUUUAGAUGAAAUCGAUGCUGACUACAAGACUCUCAAGGAUGAAAGUGCCAAGAGAGGCAAGGCCUUGGGAGACCUCUUGCAAGGUCGCAAAGCCUUUGAAGACGCCAAGAAGAAAAUGGGCGAUUGGCUGAAUGAAAUGGAGACUGCCACCGAAGGUGAAUUGAGAACAUCUAGCCUCCCUGUAUUGGAAGAACAGCUGGCCCAUUACAAGAAACUUAUGGACAAUGCCGAUGGCAUGGGUGGUCUUAUGAAUGACAUCAAUGAACAGGGCAAGAGUAUCGUGCCAACACUAAGCAAUCCCGACAAGCUUAAACUGAACGAAGAAAUGAAGAACAUGAAGGAUCGCUAUGGCAAGAUCAAACAAUGUUUGGCCGACCGUGUGAAUACCCUGGGUGAUCAUAUCAAGAAAUAUAAGGACGCUAAGUCCAAGCUUACCGAAUGCAUGGACUUCUUGAACACCGUACAACAGCGUUUGCGUGAACUCAACAAACCAGUUGGCUCAAAGAUUGAAGAUGUCCAGGAAUUGUUGGGAGCCUACGAAGGCAUCCUUAAGGAAUUGAAGGACAGCAAACAGAAAAUGGGUGACAUGAAGGUCGAUGACUUGCCUGAAUUGCAGAGCAUUUUGGCUCAGCAGGAUGACAUGAUUAAACUCAUCGAAGACCAAUUGGCCCAUUUGAGACAAUUGCUAUUGUUGCGCGAACAAUUCAUUGCCCUGAUCAAUGAAAUUAUUGCCUUCAUCAUGAAAUACACUGAUGUAAUUAUCGACAUUGAGAAUGCUCCCGACAGCUUGGAGGAAAAGAUCAACAAAUACGAUGAUGUUAUUGCCAAGAUCCAAGAAUGUGAAGGUGUUUUGGCCUCAGCCACUGACAAGGGUCAGAAGAUUGCCUCCGAAGGUACUGCUGCCGAUAAGAACUCAAUCACUGAGCAACUGCAAUCGCUGAAGAACCAAUUGGGCAACCUGCGCAAGGCGGUCGAACAACAAAGACAGAAGCAUCAAAUUCAAUUGGAACACCACAAGAAAAUGGCUGCCGAAUUAUCCGAAAUCCUCGACUGGUUGCAUAACAAUGAAGGCACUGUCAAGUCUAGACCAUUGCUCGAUCGCGAUCCCGAUUCUGUGGAACGUGAGCUGCAGAAACAUAAGGAUCUCAGCUCAGAGGUACAGGAAUAUCUUGACAAAUUCAAUAAAAUCAAUAGCGGCAUCAAAUCCGAAGUUGGUAUGCCUAGCUCCUUGGUCGAGAUGUUAUCCGAAGGACGUUCCUUGGUAUCAUCUUUGCCACAUGAAUUGGAAGAACGUGAAAAAUAUCUGAUUAACAACCGCAAUUCUCGUCUCGACUACAUGAAACUGGUCUCACAAUUCAAGGAUUGGUUACAUGAGGCGGAAGAUCGUCUGCAAGUUGGCAAACAUGGCAUAGACUAUGAAAAUCUGACACGUGACUUGGAAGAACACAAAGUGUUCUUUGGCAAUGAACAGCCCAUACGCAAUUUGGUACACAAACAAAUUCAAGAUGCUGCCGACAAGAUAUGGCCAUCACUGAACAACUUUGAACAAACUGAACUCUCGGCCGAACUAUCACAAUUCCAAACUAAGCUGACCAACAUAUUGGCUCAGGCCAAGACCCAACAGGGCGAACUUGAGAAAGAAAAUGAAUUGUGGCGUGAAUAUCAACAAUCUGUGGAACGUGUAAAGGCCACCAUCGAUCGUUCGAAAUUCUCUGAUGAACCGGUCCAAAAUUUGGCUGGCGUACAUUUCAAUAUACAAAAAUUGACCCAUGCCAUUGGCAAUGUUCAGAGUCAAACAAGUGACAUCACUCUAGCAAAUCAACAAGCCCAAGGACUUUUGCGUCAAGCUGAUGCUCGCAAUCGCCAGCUGAUUGAGCAGGACAAUUUAGAAUUGAAUCGUUUGUGGCAAGACCUUAUCGCCUCAUUGGAGAAGAGACGUGAUAAUUUGCAAUCUGUCGCCGAUAAGUGGGACGAAUUCGAGAAUCGUCUAUUAAGCUGGGAAAAAGCCAUUGGACGUUUGACGGAUAAAUUCCGCAAUGUCGACCCAGUGGUAAGAUCUCGUCGUCACUUGGAAGAUACAAAGCAUGCCAUCCAGGAAAUACUCAGCGAAUCGGAAGAACUUAAAUCAUCACAUAAAGAUAUUGAGGCGCUCUCAAAAUCAAUCGUCACAUUCCUUGGGGAAGUACACAAACCCUCGGCAGAGGCCCUACAGGCCAAAUUGGAUAACUUAGUGAAGCAGCAGCAAGAAUUGAACGACUCUUUGCACGAUAAGGAUCGUCAGGUUGGUCGUGACUUAGAAGAAAUCGAGACCAUCUUCCAUAAAAUCUCUACACUACAAGACAAAUUCAAUACCUUGUUGGAGGAAAUCCAGGGUGUUCAUGCAUUUGACGAGAAUAUUGCCAAAAUCGAAAAACAAUUGGAGAAUUUGGAUAGUGAAGUCAAGAAGACCGUUAAAGAAAGCCAGGACCUAGUCAGUACAACAAAGGAGUUGUACUUGAAGAAACAAAAUCUCGUACCCAGUGAUAUCGAUCAAGAGUUUACCGCCCUCGAACUGCUAUCGGAACGAGUUCAAGGCAACAUGGAGUCGAAACAGAAGGAAUUCAAACGUGCCAAAACCGUACGCACAGACUAUCUGGCCGGUGUCGACGAAAUACAGAAAUGGCUAAUGCAGGCGGAAAUAGAGGUGCAAGACCGCACCCUGGCACCGGCACAAAUGAAGGAAUUGUUGCAUCGCAUUAAUCAAGAAAUCACCGGCAUUUACGAACGCUUCACAAUGGUAAAGACCAACGGCCAAUUGAUCAUCGACAACUGUCGCAGCAGUGAUGAAAAAUUGCUGGUACAGACCACAAUCGAUCAGCUGGCCCAACAGCUGGGACAAGUCCGUUCCUGGUUGGAUGAAAAGAAACAACAAGUUGGUGAUAGUUUAGAUGCCUGGACCCGCUUUAUGAAUCUGUAUCAGAUAGUUAUGGCCUGGGUGGCCGAAAAACGUGUAUUCCUGGAACAAAGUAUUGAACUGAAGACCCUGUCGGAGGCUCGUAGUAAACUCAACGAUUAUGUGACGGCUGUGAAGAGUAUUAAACCCAUUGUCAAACAUUUAAGUGAAAUGGACAAGGAAUUGGAACACAUUGGUCAGGUGACAACAGUUGGCGAUCUCAAGGAUAAACUGCAAGAAGCCGAGGAUGCGAAGGUUGCUGUGGAAGCAGUAUUGCUAGAGAGGAACUCAUUGCUACAAGAAGCCUGCGAAGAAUGGGAUCAAUGUGAACGUAAAAUUAAGGAUAUACGCAGCUGGAUAGAAAAAACCAAACAGUCUUUGGAAUCGCCACAACACAAAAAGAAACCCCUUAGGGAUCAGUUGGGCUAUUGCGAGAAGACAAUGGCCGAUAUUAAUGUACAGAAGACGAAAUUAAGACUGUCUAUUGAAAAAUUGGAGGUCCACUUUAAAAACGGUAUGGGUGGAGAUCCACGUCUGAGCGAAAAUGUUGAUGAUUUGUUAAAGGUUCUGGAUAGCUUGGCUGGUCUGGUGAAAACCACCAGUUCUGGCUUGGAAGAAACCCUGCAACAAAUCGAUGUAUAUCAACAACAAAUGCAAACAUUGAGGCAAAAGAUCAUUCAAGAGGAACAACAGUUGAGGCUGGUCAUGGCACCCACAUAUCUGCCACAUGAUCGUGAGCGUGCACUGGCCGAGCAACAGGCUCUACGUGCAUCCAUUGAAGAUAUGCAAGAAAGAUAUGAUGGGGUUGCCGCUUUGUCAUAUAAACUGGACCCACAUUCGGUGGUCGCAACAUCAUCGUCCGUUUCCAUGAUGUUGAAACCCUCAAAGAUAGGUCUGACUUAUGCCGAGGUACUUACCGGUCAAUCUUCGCCCGAAUCAGAUAAAAGUCAUAUUAGCCCUGUGUCCCUGUCAAAAACGCCCGUACAAAUUGUAAGAGAAACACCCGAGACAAAUGUGGACACCACAACGGAAGAAUAUGUCGACGAACAGGGCAUUAAGCAUAGAAUAACCACCACCACGACGAAGACCACUAGAACGACCACCAGCUUAUCCUCAUCAAGACAAGAUCGAAAAAAGGCUCGUGAUAAUAGAGGUAAACAUAACGCUUUAACUACAAUCACCACCACCGAUACAACCGACAAUGUGCCACAACCUCAAACAGUUGCGAUUAGAGAACCUGAAGAGCAGGUUGAGUUAUCGGUAACUGAAACAGUUCCUAGCACCACCACUUCUGUAAAGUCUGAGGAAUUUUUGCACCACGAACGUAGUAGAACUCAACCGCAGGUCGGUAAGCCACAACUGCGUCCACCCAGAGAACAACGAAGAGGGCGUUCUCCUAGAAGAAGACAACAGCAUGCCUCAGAAACAAGUGGUGUUGAACCACAAUUGCAACACCAAGAAACCCCUGAGGAACACCGAACUUUCCAUUCGACUACCACCACCACCACUAUGACCACUGCUCAAUUGACCUUGCCCCCGGCCGAAGAUAGAACUCGUUCAAAAAGUCCCAUGUGGACACCAGGCUCAACAUCAUAUGCAGAGGUACUACGGGGCAUUGAAUUGGAAAGACAAAGACAGGCAUCUCUGAAGGCAGCUCAGCAGCAAAGAAAAUUGAACAGAGUGAACGAGCAAAGUCAGACGGUUUCCCAGACUAGUGAUCAAAAUCACGCCACUACUACCACGACCACAACAACCUCGGAAACCAUCAUGGUUCCUAUUCAAGCGGUUCCGGAAGUGGUGCAGGCGCCACCUCAAGAAACGCAACCCCCAAUUCAACAGGUUAGCGAGGUUGUUGCUCCGGACAACACAUAUUACACAGAGAAUAUCAACGAAACAUCUAAUUACGCCCACACUCAGGAGGCUGUAGCUACGCAACCCGAGCCGCAACAAACCACAAACUCUGUUAGCUACGUAAGUACUUACAACGCCAACAUUCCCAUGACGGCUGAGGAGAUUCAGGCUACAUAUUUACAACCGGAUCCCCAACUAUAUCAGUCCAUGUAUGAAAACCUACAGGACAGCGAACAAUGGGGAUAUGUGGCCCAAACCGCGCCAGUGCAACAGCCAUCAACCACAGAUGCCUUCUACGAACAAAUGAUGCAAGUGCAAUAUACCCAACCUGCAACCAUACAGACAGCCUACACCGGCUACCAAUACCCCACACAGGCCACACAAUAUCAGUUGGUUACUGCCGGCUAUUAUCAGCCAGCACAACAACCAUCUGACCAGACCUAUCAGAACUUGUACAAUACCAGUGAACAGCUCUACUACCAACAGCCGGGCACACAGGACUACCAGCAAUACAUGUAUGAAGCACCAGUUGCCCAGCAACUGUCAGAACCCCAACAAAGCCAGCCUCAACAACAGCAACAAACUGUCCAAUACAGCACGAUGGACACCCUGUCCAGUGUCGCUACCACACUAGCCUCAAUGAUACAGCAGCAACAACAGACCACUGUUACCUCCACCACAACAAUACAAACCACAACCAUACAAACUAACCAACAGCCGGAACAAACGGCACCCACACUGUUGGAACCUCAAGAAAUUCAGGUUGAAGAACCCAUACCCGACCUGACUUUCGGUCAGUUCGAUAUAAAUGAAAUUGAAAGUAUACCGCAAGAAAGUAUACCCGCACAGCCGCCAACACCAGUAGCUGAGACUGCUCAGCCAGCUGAAGAGAUCAGCCAUGAAACAGCUGCUCCAGCAGCGCAAUUGCCAACGGCUACUACUCGCCGUGAAGAGUACAUCACAUAUGUCCAUGAGACAACAUUGCCACAACAACAACAAGCUCAAGUUGUGGAAGCAACAAAACCGCAAGUGGCCGGAACCACAUAUGCCGAAGUUUUAUUCGGCCUAAGACAUGGUCAGAAUUUCCAGCCAUCCAGUCAUCAACCCGCCCAUGUCAAAGUUACCGCUGCACCAUCCAGUGUAAGCGUACAAACCCCUGUAAAUAAUCAGACAACCAAAACGGAAACUACGACGACAACAACGACAAAGACGACGACUCUAACGAAACCGCAAGCAAACAAAUUCAAAGAUCAGAGAUUCAAGUCUCCACGCGACGAAAGUCGCACCAAGAGACAAAAACUAAUGGAAGAACCACAGAUCGGGGCAGUAAAUGUUUACGGAGAGACCACAACAGCUGAAGCUAGUCUCAAGCCACAAAAGACUACGCAGCGUCAUGCUGCAGCUCCAGCCAGUGUGGAAACAUUUGAUGCACCCAAACAACAGCCUGUGAGGAAAACAAGAAGAUCUCGAGAAGAAAAACCCGUCUCCUUGCAAGACUUUAUCAAUUUUGAGAAACAACACUCGACGAGUACGACGACAACGACGAAACCUAACUCAGAACCCAAAAAAGACAAAAAGGAAGUACUCCCCACCAAGAAGAAAUCCAAAGAAGAAAAAUCUCCCCCCAGUGAGAAGAAGCCACUAUUGGCUGACAUUGUUAGAGAACAAAAACCGGCAAAAGACAUAAAAACUAAGAAGGAAGUAUCUGAAGUAAAGCACGAGAAAGAACUUCCAGCACAGAAAGACAAACCCGUUAAGUCGCAGGAACCGAAAAAGCCGGAAGACGGCAAUAAGAAACCCCCAAUUGUUGAGGUGAUCGAAACUUCAAACACAAAUGUCCAAUUUAUUGAUUCCGAACAAAAGCACAACGUAAGCAACAACAAAAAAGACAAAAAACCGAAGAAGAAGCCAAGUGUACAGGAGCCAAAGGAAGCAGAGCUUAAAGAAGAAGUGAAAGCUGAACCAGUAAAGGAUAAACCCGAAGAAGAGAAACAUCAGGUUAAAGAACAGCUUUCCAAGAAAUCGAAGAAGGGAAAGAAAUCUUCCGAGCAAUCCAAAACUUCCACAGAAACCGUAGAUACAACCACGACAGAAACUAUGGAAGUUGCUGCGCCACAAAUUGCAACCUACGAAAGCGAACCUCAGAUUACCGAGAAUGUGACCUCAAAGACAACCACUCUGGAAUCCGGAGGCAUUCUCACAACCACAACUGUAACCAAAUGCAUUACUAAGAGAAUUGUUAAAAUAAUUGUGGAUGGCAAAGAACAAAUAGUAGAAGAAGAAGUUGUAGAUGAGGCUCCACAGGAAAAUAUAGUUGUCGAACAGAUCGACUUGCCAAGCCACGGUGAAAAUCUUCCCAAUUUUGAUGUUUCAAAGACCACCUUGAAAACGGAUGGCACUGUUACCAAGACCGUCAUCAAGAAAACCAAGAGAAUCGUUAAGACUAUAACGGAGAACGGCGAAGAAUUGGUUCAGGAAAUCGAUGAGGAUGAACCAGAAAUUCAUCGGGAAGUUGUACAAUUGCCCAGCACUGAGGAAACCACAAUUGUUACAAAGCAGAGUAGGACAACGGAAAAACCUUUUGAGGCACCGCUACAACCAUUCGACCAAAAAGAAAAGAUUGAAACUGUUCAGGAAGCCAUAGUGGAGAUCCAGUCGGAAUUAGUAGGAAAAGAAACUGAGACGAAUAUAAAAUCCGAGGAAACAAUUGGUAAUUCAGAUAAGAUGGAAACACUCGAAAAGCCGAAGGGUAAAAAAUCCAAGAAGGAUAAGAAAAUCUUAGAAGAACCUAAAGUCUCAGAACCAGUUAAAGACGUUCCCGAAAGUGAAAUAAAACCAAAAAUAGAGGAAACUGUCAUUACGAGUGUGGCCGAUGUACAAACACAGGAGAAGGUCAAUGAUAUUCCCGUAGCUGAAGAAACAAAAUCAUCGAAGUCAAAGAACAAGAAAUCAAAGAAAGACAAAAAGUCCUCUGUUGAAACAAAUGUUAAAGAAUCGGUUAGCUCUACUGCAGCUACUGAAGUCGUGACCACUGUAACGACUACAUUUACUUCGAAUAACGAAAUAACGGAGAAGGAACGUUCCGAACCUACUGAAGAGAAAUCUGAAAUAUCCACAGAAUCUCAAACUGCUGAAUUCGUAGAGGAGAGAACAACAACAACCGAUAUUGAAGAAAUCAAUAUUUCCGAAACAAAGGAACCAGCAUUUGUUGUAACUCUCACAGAUCAAGAUGACGUAAAGCAGAAAAAGUCUAGGAAGGAUAAAAAGAAAUCCAAAGAAACCACAGAAAGGCAAACCGUAGCUGGAAAUGUUACGAUUCCAGAUGAACAACAGAAUGUUGUUGAUUCUCAGAAACCCACUGAAAGUGAAACACCUACAGUUGUUGAGUCGCAGGACAAACCUCAAGACAUAUAUUCUGUUCCUCUGCAGCCCAUGCCAUCUAUCGAAGACAAACAGCAACCAGAAAUUCAAGAAUUGAUCACAGAGGAACCUCUUACACCAAAGGAAGAAGUUUCUGUAGAAGUGACAAAGGAAACAGAUUUCGUCGAUCAUCAGAUCGAAACCAAUGAAAGUGUAUCAGAAAUAACUUCAACCACCAUUACCACUACUUAUGAAGAAAAGCUAGUUUCGGAAACUGCUGAUGAGAACAAAGUAGAACUCGUGGAAGAACCCCUAAGGGAAACUGUUAGCAAAUCGAUUGUGGACGAGACCGUUACAAAGAAGGAAGUUGUAUCUGAAACGAUACUAACUACUAAUACGACUACUAUUGAAUCGGAUGAAACGACUGUGGCUCAAAUUUCAGAUAUUAUAGAGCAAUCUGUAGACGAACACGUCACGGAAAGUGAUACAACUCCAAUUGAGCCUCAAGAAACCUCACUGCCGGAAACAAGAGAAUGCAAUUUGGAAUCAAAACAAACAUCAGAUAUUCCAAAAUCGCCUUACUCUGUUCCAUUGCAACCAAUUGAUGAUUCCGCUCAAAUUAUACAAGUUGUAGAAAUAAUUUCGGAACCAGAAGUUGUAUCAACAGAAGUCAUUGUUGAUACACUCAAGAGAACACUGGAGGCUGCUAUGGAACAAUCCACAGAAUUCCCUCAACAACCGCAACCUGCCAACGAAGGAACGCAAAUUCAAGUAGAUUCUCGUGUUGUCACUGAACCUCAAGAAAUCAGCAUUGCAUCUGAGCAUCUAGCGGAACAAAGAGCUACACAGCCUGUUACUUUGGAGACUAUCGAUGUACCUACUACCACCACUGUUACACAGGUGGUACAAGGUGGCACCAUUACUAGAACCUUGACAACCAUUACCAAACGCGUCAUCAAACGUAUUACUGAAGAUGGUGAAGAAAUUAUCGAAGAAGUUUCCGACGAUGAACCACAAGUGGUACAAGAUGUAACUGAGUUGCCCGUUACUGUUCAAACUUCAGUGUCGCCAGUUCCAUUUGAACAGGUCGCUGAUUCGGACUCGACUUCCACAAUGACAUCCCAAAUUAUACGCGGUGGUUCCGUUACGCGAACCCUAACCACAAUCACCAAACGUAUUGUUAAGCGCAUCAAUGAAAAUGGUGAAGAAAUCAUCGAGGAAAUUUUCGAUGAGGAGCCAGUGGUCAAGCAAGAAGUAAUGGAAUUGCCUACAAAAACUGAAAUGUAUGUCUCGUCUUCCGAACCUUCAGAAGACAACAACAAACCGAAGGUGGAUAUUCAUGAUAAACAGACUCCACCCACUGGCGCUACAGCCCAGAUUGUGCAAGGUGGUACCAUAACUCGAACACUUACAACCAUUACGAAACGCAUUGUUAAGCGCAUCAAUGAAAAUGGCGAGGAAGUUGUUGAAGAAGUGUUUGAUGAGGAGCCUGUAGUUACCCAAGAAGUUUCAGAACUGCCAACUACCACUCAAACCACAAUCGUUUAUGAGGACCCAUCGGAAGAACCGGAGCACCAGACUACUACGACAAUAAUGUCAGAGCCUGUUACCACUACUACUUCACAGAAAAUUCAAGGUGGAACAAUAACCAGAACAUUGACCACCAUCACCAAGCGCAUAAUCAAGAGAAUCAAUGAACAUGGUGAAGAAAUAACCGAAGAAGUUGUCGAUGAAGAACCCAUAGUUAAACAGGAAGUCACUGAGUUGCCAACUAAGACGGAAACAACAGUGAUAACAAAACCUGCAACUGAUUCCCCCAAAGAAGUGGAGGAAGAUAGCCCCGUGACCGGAGAUCAGACCGUGACUAAAACCACCAAAACAACCACGAAACGUAUUACUAAGCGUAUCACCGAUAAGGCAGAAGAACCAAUGGCCGAAAAGCUCUUCGAAGCACCUCUGCAACCCCUGUCUGAGCAGACGGAUGUUGAAGAACAACCACCAAAAGUAACAGAGCCCCUGACCGAAACAAGUGCAAUAUUCCCAACCACGGACGAACCCCAAAAUGAAGGCGGUGUGGUAAAGACCACAAUUAUCCGCACCACCAAAAAGAUCAAGAAAAUUAAGAACGACGAAAAUCGCGAAACAGAGGAUGUCACCACAACAGCUCAAUCUGCUGUAGUUACUCCAGUUGACGUAGUUGAGGCACCGAAGUCUGAAGUUGCAACUGAGAAUGAACCGGAAAGCGUUGUUGAAAAAUUGGUGGAAACUGAGCCCAGUCAAGAAGUUCCCGGCGAGCCACUGGACGUUGAUGGCGAAGUCAUUAAGAAAACAAUUGUACGCACUACGAAGAUAGUUAAGAAGAUUACACAGAAUUCGGAAAGCGAGUUGGCAUCCUUUGAGGAUAAUGUAUCAGGCAGCAACGAAUUCCCAGUUGUAGUAACCGGAACGGAGCAAGAACCAACUAAAACGGCCCUUGAAUCUGUUCAAGCCUUGCAACCGGAGGAAGCUGGUGGUGUGGUCAAAACUACAACUAUCCGCACAACCAAGAUUGUCAAACGUAAAUCACAAGACACAGAGACUUCAGAAGACAUGUCAGUUUCCUCUCAAGAGUCUGAAACCACCGCCCCUACCAUUAUAGAAGAACCAAGUGAAACAAUGAGCGUAACCACCAAUCAGUUGGAUGGUGCGAUUAUCAAAACCACCACAAUACGUACGAUGCGUAUUGUCAAGAAAAUUUCACAGGACGGUCGUGUUGUUAUGGAAGAAACGGACGAAACUCCCGAAGAUAACGUAGUUGUCAAGUCGACCAUUGAAAUGCCCGACAUUAGUGCCACCAGCACCGAGACUGACAAGACAGUAUCCUCAUCAACGUCUAUUUCACGCAGUAGCAAGGAAGUCGCCAAGUCUUCCGACAACUCUGCCACUGGUGUACGCGUUGUAGGAAUAGAGACAGUAGCUUUGCCCAUGACAUCCAAACCGACCUCAACCACAACUCAAACACAUCAAUCACUAAACACAGACAGUCAAGACAGGUCCACUAUCACUACCACAACCACCACCACCAAAAUUACCUCGAAACACACCGCUCUUUCAAUGGCUCAAAGAUGUAGCUUUGAAUCAGAAGAUGGUAAAAAUGUAGUCUAUGUAGGUGAUGGCAUCGAUGGCAAGUAUCCACCCGGUAGCGUACAGAAAAUUUCCCUCAUCACGCAUGAGGAGAAACACAAGACACCCAUAGUUAAGAUGCAUUUAGAUUUCCCCGAAGUCAGCCUUCGAGUCACCGAAACUGUAACCGAAAACUUAGAGGCAGGUCUUAAUGUUAGCGAAGAGAAGGAACAGGUAUUGACCCAAGUUGUUCAGGAAGUUUUAGAAGAUGUGGUUGACAAAUCACAACCAGAAAUAGUCGACGUCUCUCAGAUAGUUGAAAACGUAGAGGUUGUCAAGGAUACUCAGGUUAGGGAACAGGAUAGCAUACCCGAAUUGUCGGAAAUGACCCCUGAAGAAGAAAGUCUAUUCAAGGAAAUUCAAAGACAAUUAGCUAAGAAAGAUAAGAAGAAGCGUCCCGCUCUACCCGAAGAAUUCAUAAAGUCCGAAAGUGUUAGGGAAUCACCCGAGCCCACUAAAUUGGCUGAACUAACUCCAGAUGUUAAUGUGGUCGAUGAAAUUUCAACCACCACCAUUAGUCCCAAAGAAGAAGAGCAAACUACACUCGUUUCUAAUACUAAUCUUGUUGUUGUUGAUGUUUCUAAAGCAGACGAUACAAUUGCUAAAAAUACUACUAGUCUGGUAAGCACCACACUGAAAGCUACUGAGCUUGCAACUAACCUACAUAGCAUCGUAAGUCCGUCCGCUUUACUCUUUGAAAUUCCCAAAUACUAUUUGCCGCAAAUGCUCUUGGCUGAAAGCAGCUAUUAUCUAUUAAGAUCAAGUGAACAACAACAACAGGUUAACACGGAUGAGGAGCAAAGUGCAACAACAGAAACAACAACAAUUGAUGAACAGGUAACAGGUAAGGUUGAAAAGGAAUCAUCGAUGGAAAAACCAUUUGAGGCACCUUUGCAACCAUUCCCACGCACGGAAACAAUAGUUGAAAAAUCAGAGGUUCAAGUUGUCCCUGAAUCAACUGAAUCUCAACCCGAGAACUAUCAGAACUUUGAAAUUCCCAAAUAUAAUGUUGGAGCUUUGAAUGUAGCAGAAUCACAAAUGUUAAUUACUACGUUGAAAACUACAGAAUCGCAGCAGCAUGAAAUUACCGAGUCAUCUACUGAAACAGUGGAACAACAAAGUGUCGUCGAACAGGAGAUUACAUCAGUCCAAUCAGAGCCUGAGAUUAAUACUAAACAAGACAAUUUCUAUAACUUUGAGAUUCCGAAAUAUAAUUUCGGGGCAUUCAAUGUUGCUGAAAAACAAAUGGUAUUAACUGCUCAACUAACCAAACCAGAAUCAGAAGAUAUCACAGCAGAGACCAAAGAUCUGAAGGAAUCCGAAGUAGCAAUAACUUCUGAAAACCAAAUAGUACAGGAGCAAGUAACAACAACUACAGUAGAAACGACUAAAAAGGUCGUGGAUAUGGCUGUUGUGCCCGAAAAGCCAGCAACAGAAGCAUGUGAGAGCGAAACGGCAACUGAAUCGCACAUUUCCGAAACAGAGAAUAUCUACAACUUUGAAAUUCCCAAAUAUAAUUUGGGAGCUUUUAAUGUUGCAGAAAAACAAAUGGCAAUUGCGAAAACAGAUAAGACUUCGGAGAUUGAAGAGAAGCAGGUUACAUCUGCAAUUCAACAAAUCGAAAGUUCGGACAAAAUAACAGAUGAAAAAAUACAGGAGUCUGUUGUAGAAAAGGAGACAUUAGUUGUGGCUGAAGUACAACCUGAAGCUGAGCCGAAUUUCUACAACUUCGAAGUCCCCAGAUUUAAUGUUAGUGUCUUCAAUGUUGCUGAAAAACAAUUGGUACUUACAACGUUAGUAAAGGAGAAAUCCGAAGAUAUCGCAGAACAAGUUGAAGUUGAACCAGCGGAGGAAAAAGAACCUGAAAGGAAGCAUGCCGAUGAAACAAUUGCUGAAAAACCAUUCUCAGCCCCACUGCAGCCAUUUGCUGAACAAAUUUCAGAAUCAAAUGAAGUGAACUAUGUUAACUUUGAAAUUCCUAAAUACAACGUGGCAGAUUUCAAUGAUGCCGAAUCUAAAUUGGCACAAAGCUUUAAUAAACCCGAGGCAGAGGAAUCUAUCAAGGACAUUUCUGUUGAAGAGCCACAUGAACCAGUUAAACAAGAAGAAGCUAAAUCUGACAUUACUCAAGUAACCGAAACAACAUCAACGGUUAAUGAAGCCCAAAUAGAAAAGAUCGAACUCGUAGUUGGAGAAACCAUAAAACACGAGGAACCAAAAACACCUGCAACUACUCCGGUCGAUGAAUCGAGCGGUAAUAUUCCGCUGGAGCCUAAGAAACCAGCUUAUGCCGGUUUGCCAAUUGAUGAAUCCUCUAACACUUGGAUGGAUGUGAUGGAUGAGCCUAUGGUGCUUUCUGACGAUGAUGUUGAACAAGAAACAUCUCCAGUGCAGAAACAAAACGAACCCAUUACAUUAUCCCAAGAAACACCAACAGAAAAGGAAAUCGUUCCCGAAAAACCAUUUGAAACACCAAUUGAACCACUCGUCGAACAUAAGGUCGACGAAAUUGUUUCCACAAUUAUUGAAACCACGACCAGUGUUGAAACAACUCAACCCGAGAAGAAAUCAGAGGAACCCAAGAAACCCGCCUAUGCCGGUUUGCCAAUCGAUGAGACCACCACCACAUGGAUGGAUGUCAUUGAUGAGCCUAUGGUGCUUUCCGAUGACGAGGAACCGGAGGUAACUCCAGUAAGAGAACAAAUUGAAACAGUAGUACCAAACGAACCAGAAACGAUUACAGUUGACGAAGCACCACUUGUCGAGCAAAAGGCCGAAGAAAUUGUUUCAACAGAGACAUCUGAAUCAGUGGCUGUUGAGACAAUUGAAAUCGAAAGUAAAUUGGAGGAACCCAAAAAACCAGCUUAUGCCGGUUUACCAAUCGAUGAGUCCACCAACACAUGGAUGGAUGUCAUUGAUGAGCCGAUUGUACUUUCAGAUGAUGACGAAUCGGAGUCUACACCAGUAAAGGGACAAACUGAAACAGUGCAAGAGGAGAUAGUGCCAGAAAAACCAUUUGAAGCCCCAAUUGAACCACUAGUCGAACACAAAACCGAAGAAAGUGUUUCCACAACUACAGAAACGACUAUCACAGUCACUGUUGAAACAUCGGAGGUUGAAAAGAAACCUGAAGAGCCCAAGAAAUCUGCGUAUGCCGGUUUGCCAAUCGAUGAAUCCACCAACACUUGGAUGGAUGUCAUUGAUGAGCCUAUGGUAUUCUCUGAUGAUGAUGAACCAGAGACAACUUCAGUGCAGAAGCAAGCCGAACCAGCUGCAACAAAGGAACCGCAAACAGUGUUACUUGAAGAAACAUUGGGCCAAGAAGUAGACAAAGAAGAGGAAAUUGUUUCUAAAAAACCUUUUGAAACACCAAUUGAACCUCUUGUCGAACAGAAGUCUGAACAAAUUGUUUCUACAACUACGGAAACCACUACCAUUGUAACGGUUGAAGCAACCGAAAUCGAAACAUUGGACAAAGAAUUAUCCAAACAAGAGGAAAUUGUUUCCGAAAAACCUUUUGAAACUCCAAUUGAACCUCUUGUCGAACAUAAGGUUGAAGAAAUUGUUUCCUCAAUUACUGAAACCACGACCAGUGUUGAAACAACUCAAGCCGAGAAUAAAUCAGAGGAACCUAAGAAACCAGCCUAUGCCGGUUUGCCAAUCGAUGAAUCCACCAACACGUGGAUGGAUGUCAUUGACGAGCCUAUGGUAUUUUCUGACGAUGAUGAACCAGAGACAACUUCAGUGCAGAAGCAAACCGAACCCGUUGCACCAAAGGAACCGCAAACAGUGUUACUUGAAGAAACAUUGGACCAAGAAAUAGCCAAAGAAGAGGAAAUUGUGUCUGAAAAACCUUUUGAAACACCAAUUGAACCUCUUGUCGAACAGAAGUCUGAACAAAUUGUUUCUACAACUACGGAAACCACUACCAUUGUAACGGUUGAAGCAACCGAAAUCGAAAAGAAAUCGGAAGAACCCAUGAAACCUGUUUAUGCUGGUUUGCCAAUCGACGAUUCCACCAACAUUUGGAUGGAUGUCAUUGAUGAGCCUAUUGUACUUUCUGAUGAUGAGCAAACAACUGAAGAGACGUCAACACUUCCAUCUGCUCAAGAGAAAUCCACCUCGAAGGAAGCUAAGGUUGCAUCCACCGUAGAUGAUGUGAUACCUGUUGAAGAAAAUGUUUCUGUUGACUCCGUGACAGAAAAGUCAUUCAAAGCACCAUUGGAACCCCUCACAAUCACUGAAACUGAAGAAAUUAAGGAAAUUUCAAUUACAACGACAACUGAGGAAGUCAGUGAGAUUGUAACUGAUUCAUUGACAUCUGAAGAAUCUUCUCCAAUAGUUGCGGCAUCACCCCAGCCCACAACAAUUGGAAAUCUUCCUAUACCUCAAGACAUAAGCGAAAUCAAAGAAUUUGUUCCGAGACCAUCGUCGGAGCAAAUGCAUCCUGUGUUUGUCGAACUCGGCACAGAUCUACCCCAACAACAGUGGACGGACACUCCCGAUGAACCUAUUGUGCAGCAGGACGAAAAGGCAAUUAUUGAUACUUGGUCUAGCGUUCUGGAAGACACUACACCUAACAUUGCAUCUAUAGCUAUGACAUCGAAGCUGUCCGCAGAUGCUCCAGAAUUCAAACCCUCUUAUUUGCGACAUGCCUACUCCGAUCAGACACACACGUUCUUGGCCAACGAGAGAAUUUAUAAUGAGUUUGUACCAAGAAAUAGGCAAUCACGCAGACCUCAAGAGAAACCUCAGACUCCUGGAAAAACGUCUAAGAAGCACCCGAAAUCGCCAAAACGUCAAGACAAGGUACCCAAACCCGAAAAAGUUGAAAAAUUCUCGGAUGUCUUCCAAUCCAUCCAAACACAGCAACAACAAAAGACUGUGGAAGUGUUUGAACCUUUGGUUGCCGAGAAUGUUCCAGAACAAACGCCUAAUGUCUGGCAACAGUCUGCCGCCAAUGGAAAAACUUACGCUGACAUUCUGUUGGAAUCGAAAUCAGGUAUAUCGCAAUCAUUGCCUCAAGAAGCAUCUAAACAACAUGUAGAACAAACUGAAGUGGUCACCAAACCUCAAACAAAAGAUAAUACAGAGAAACAGAAGAAAGAGAAACCAAAGAAGGAGCGAAAGGACAAAAAGACAAAGAAAUCACCGCAAACACAAUCAGUUGAAGAAUCCACUGUUAAAUCGGAACCACCGACAUCAUCUGAAUCGGAUACCGAUAAGCCCCAAGCAGCAGUGCCUUUCGUGGAGGAAAAUGUUGAAAGUACAACCACCACAACUAAGUCAGAGUUCUCAUGGGCCGCUUUGGUUCAAAAACCAGGCGAAUGGAUUGAUGACACUCUGAACAAAAAACAAAAGCCUGAGCCAGCAGCUGUCGAGAAGCCUAAAGAGUCGCCUAAAGCAAAGAAAGAUAAAACCAAGAAGCCUAAAUCUCGCAAGGAAGACAAACGAACGCCUGUUUCCACUCCUGCCCAAACUACAUCAGAAGAAGAUGAAGUUGUCGAGGUCCCUAAACCAGCUGAGGAAUUCCAACAACAGCCACUGUCAUCUGAAGAAUCCGAAUGUGUUGUAAAAGUACAAGAAGAGCAAGUCAUCACGGAACAAAAGGACGUUCAGGAGAACACCUCCACAUGGGCGGCUUUAGUGAAGCGCCCUGGUGAAUGGAUCGACACAAUUACAUCCAAGUCAAAGAAGUCUGAAGAACCAGUAUCCGAAAAGAAAGAAGAACCGUCAAAGGUGAAGGACAAGAAAUCAAAACAGAAGCGUGAUCAAUCGAAGUCGAAGCAAACUGAUUCAGACGACAGCGAUAAAUCAUCAAGAAAGCGUAAGGAUAAGAAACCGAAGAAAGAAGAACCCUUAGUUAAACCGGCAGAGAAAGAGUCAUUGGUAGAAGCCAAGGCUGUUGAGGAAGUUAUGGCAGUAGAUGAACAAGAGCAUAUUCCACAGCAACAACCUGAACCACAAAAUAAUGGCUUCUCUUGGGCGUCAUUGGUUAAAAAACCUGGCGAAUGGAUUGAUGACAUCAGUCAACGCAAGAAGUCACCUGUCCGCCAAUCUGAUAUGCCAAAGGUUCAAAUGCCAAAGAAACCGGAGAAAGCUCCGAAAGUUAAAACUGAACCAAAGCGGAAACAAGAUAAACCAGUUCGUUUCAACGAUGAUGACUAUGUCGAAAUUCCACAACAUCCCGAAUCACCUUCAAAGGUUCUAGAAGAAACUGUCAUGGAAGUCCAAACAGUCGAACCAACCCAAAAUACCAGCACCAUCACCUGGGCCAAGAUUGCCAGUCAAAUUGAUCGUAUGGAAGAUAUUCCCAAACCCAAACCUGUCAAAGAAAUAAAACUGGUUAAACCGGAACCCGUGGAAACUCCCAAAAAGAAGAACAAAAAAGAUACGCCCAAGAAAGAACAGGUACCGCUUCGUGUCGAAGAACUAGAAAAAUCCGUUCCUCAGAGUGAUCCGUUUGCAGCCACUGCUCCCUCAUGGGCUAACAUUGUAAGCGAAAGCACCACCAGUUUCCUUGAAGCCGAGAAACUAGCAACUUCAGGAAAGAAAAAUAUUGACACCACCUCCUGGACGGCAAUGUUCGAAGAUGAAGUUGUCGAAGAGAAACAUACAACUGUUGGUAAGAAAAAGAUUGACACCACCUCGUGGACGGCAAUGUUCGAAGAUGAAGUGAGCGAAGAGCAGCAGGUGGAUAAUGUAGUGUCCACUAGCCAACCACGUAUUGAUGAAUCUCAAACAAGCAAGGUGGAAGAAGCAACGCCAUUUACAGCGCCAUUGCAACCGGUGGAAGAACCAGUAACUGAAGAGGUUAGCGAAUUACCCCAAGAUGUCGCCAAUGACGAGGUACCUGCAGAUACUGUUGAAGACAUUUCGACCGAAACCGAACUUAUAAAAACAGUAAUUGAUGAACGAUCUCAAAGUUGGGUGGAAGAAUCCAGUGUGGUCAUUGAAGAGUCUCAACAAAUGGUCGAAGAAUCUGAGACAGUUACUGAAGAGUUCAAAUAUGUUCGUCAAGAAUCCCCUGAAACGACAGAAGACAUUUCGACCGAAACCGAACUUACGAAAACAGUAAUUGAUGAACGAUCUCAAAUUUGGGUGAAAGAAUCCAGUGUGGUCAUUGAAGAGACUCAACAAAUUGUCGAAGAAUCUGAGACAGUUACUGAAGAGCUUAAAGAUGUUCGUCAAGAAUCCCCUGAAACGACAGAAGAGCCCAAUAAACCUGUAGUUACCAAAGACACGAAGGAAACAUCGAUAGAAACGGUUAUUGAGGAAGAAACCAAGACAGAAGAACUUUCUCAAGUGACUAAACCUGACGAUGGAGUGAAAGAAAUGCCUGAAAAAAUCAAGCAGGCUCUUAAAGAACCUGAACAAAAACCUAAGGUGUCGAAAGAACCAACUAAAGUAACGGAACACUCCACGAAACCCGCAUAUGCUGGCUUACCAGUUGACGAAUCUACAAAUGCUUGGAUGAAUGUUAUGGAUGAACCAAUGACUCUUUCGGACGACGAAGACGAUAGUGAAAAACCAUUCACAUCACCAUUAGAAGAAAUUGAACAAACUGUGAUAGAGGCGAAUGUGAAUGAAACCGUGGUUACCGAGAAGUCUACUGAAGAAACUACAGAAAUAGUAGAGAUCACUUCAGAGGUUACAGUUGAAUCCAAGAAAACUACAGAAGAAUCUAAACAAAAUGUCGCUGAACCUAAAGAAGUUCCCAAAGAUGUUGAAAUCAUUGAAGAAGCAUUGGUAGCCACAGAAGAACCUGAAAUAAUUCCCAUUGAUGUUGAAAAGCCAAAGCACACUGUUGAGGAUUCAUCUAAAAGUGUGGAAGAGCCAAAGAAAUCAGUGUAUGCUGGUUUACCAGUUGAUGACUCCACAAAUACUUGGAUGGAUGUUAUGGAUGAACCAAUGACAUUCUCCGACGAUCCGUUUGCAGCCACUGCUCCCUCAUGGGCUAACAUUGUAAGCGAAAGCACCACCAGUUUCCUUGAAGCCGAGAAACUAGCAACUUCAGGAAAGAAAAAUAUUGACACCACCUCCUGGACGGCAAUGUUCGAAGAUGAAGUUGUCGAAGAGAAACAUACAACUGUUGGUAAGAAAAAGAUUGACACCACCUCGUGGACGGCAAUGUUCGAAGAUGAAGUGAGCGAAGAGCAGCAGGUGGAUAAUGUAGUGUCCACUAGCCAACCACGUAUUGAUGAAUCUCAAACAAGCAAGGUGGAAGAAGCAACGCCAUUUACAGCGCCAUUGCAACCGGUGGAAGAACCAGUAACUGAAGAGGUUAGCGAAUUACCCCAAGAUGUCGCCAAUGACGAGGUACCUGCAGAUACUGUUGAAGACAUUUCGACCGAAACCGAACUUAUAAAAACAGUAAUUGAUGAACGAUCUCAAAGUUGGGUGGAAGAAUCCAGUGUGGUCAUUGAAGAGUCUCAAGAAAUGGUCGAAGAAUCUGAGACAGUUACUGAAGAGCUCAAAUAUGUUCGUCAAGAAUCCCCUGAAACGACAGAAGACAUUUCGACCGAAACCGAACUUACGAAAACAGUAAUUGAUGAACGAUCUCAAAUUUGGGUGAAAGAAUCCAGUGUGGUCAUUGAAGAGACUCAACAAAUUGUCGAAGAAUCUGAGACAGUUACUGAAGAGCUUAAAGAUGUUCGUCAAGAAUCCCCUGAAACGACAGAAGAGCCCAAUAAACCUGUAGUUACCAAAGACACGAAGGAAACAUCGAUAGAAACGGUUAUUGAGGAAGAAACCAAGACAGAAGAACUUUCUCAAGUGACUAAACCUGACGAUGGAGUGAAAGAAAUGCCUGAAAAAAUCAAGCAGGCUCUUAAAGAACCUGAACAAAAACCUAAGGUGUCGAAAGAACCAACUAAAGUAACGGAACACUCCACGAAACCCGCAUAUGCUGGCUUACCAGUUGACGAAUCUACAAAUGCUUGGAUGAAUGUUAUGGAUGAACCAAUGACUCUUUCGGACGACGAAGACGAUAGUGAAAAACCAUUCACAUCACCAUUAGAAGAAAUUGAACAAACUGUGAUAGAGGCGAAUGUGAAUGAAACCGUGGUUACCGAGAAGUCUACUGAAGAAACUACAGAAAUAGUAGAGAUCACUUCAGAGGUUACAGUUGAAUCCAAGAAAACUACAGAAGAAUCUAAACAAAAUGUCGCUGAACCUAAAGAAGUUCCCAAAGAUGUUGAAAUCAUUGAAGAAGCAUUGGUAGCCACAGAAGAACCUGAAAUAAUUCCCAUUGAUGUUGAAAAGCCAAAGCACACUGUUGAGGAUUCAUCUAAAAGUGUGGAAGAGCCAAAGAAAUCAGUGUAUGCUGGUUUACCAGUUGAUGACUCCACAAAUACUUGGAUGGAUGUUAUGGAUGAACCAAUGACAUUCUCCGACGAUGAAACAGAAGGCGAAACACCUUACAAGGCUCCAUUGGAGCCGAUCCAAACUGUGGUGGAAACAGUAACAGACCAGUUAAAAGAAACAACCGUCCAACCUGACAUCAAGUCUGUUGAAGAACCUAAGCAAGCUAUCGAUGAAACCAAACAAGAUACGGAAAUAGUUGAGACAGUUCUUGAUGAACCUAAGGAUAUAGUUGAAGAACAAAUUGAUGUCCCGGUUGAACCUACUAAACCGGCAUAUGCUGGAUUGCCAGUUGAUGAAUCAAGCAAUGCUUGGAUGAAUGUUAUGGACGAACCAGUGGCAUUCUCCGAUGAUGAAGAUGACCAACAAGAAGCUACUGCUGCAACUGUAGAAGUUAAUGUUGAAACUAUUGUCACCGAAACGAUAACAGAAGCUCCAAAAGUCACAGAAGAGCCCAAGCAACAAGUUCCUGACGAAGCUAAAGAGCCAGAAGAAAUUACAACGGCACAAGCAAAUAAGCCUGCAUAUGCUGGUUUGCCGGUUGAUGAUUCUACAAAUACUUGGAUGAAUGUUUUAGAUGAACCAAUGACAUUCUCUGACGAAGAGGAUGAUAAUGUACAACCAAGUCCAACCGUAGAUCAGCCUGUGAGUGGAGAAUUAACAACUGAAAUCAUCGCAUCUGAAAAAAUAUCAGAGGAUUCACAAACCGUGGAAGAGUCCAAGCAACAAGUUGCUGAGAAACCAAACGAACAGCCUGCUGAACCAAAAAUAUCAGAAGCGCCAGCAACGGUUGUCGAGGAACCCAAAAAGGCAGCCUAUGCUGGUUUACCUGUUGAUGACUCUACCAACGCUUGGAUGGAUGUUAUGGAUGAACCAAUGACAUUCUCUGAAGAUGAAAACGAAAGCGAUACUCCAUUCGCAGCGCCUUUAGAACCAAUUCAAAUGGCUGAAAAUGACGAUGAAACUUCGAUCGAAACAAGCAUUACUGAACAAGCAUCACAAUUUGCAAAAACAACAGAUUUGUCUGAAACCGUUCCAGAAGAUGUUAAUGGCAUGGACAUGGUUACGGAAAUAGUACACAAACUUCCCGAAGAACCGAAGCCAUCUGUUGAAGAACCCGUUAAAGUGGCAGUUGAACCAACAAAGCCUGCUUAUGCUGGUUUACCCGUCGAUGACUCUACAAAUACUUGGAUGGAUGUACUGGAUGAACCAAUGACAUUCUCUGAUGACGAGGAGGUGGAAAUCGAGACGCCAUAUGUUGCUCCUUCGGAACCUAUUGAGGCCACUGAAACCAUUGAACAACCUCAGUCCACUGUCGAGGAACUCAAGCAAGUGUCUGUGGAUAUUAUAGAAACAUCUACUGAAACUGUAGUUACAGAAGUCAAGUCAAUGGAAAAGGAGCCUAAUAAGCCUGCUUAUGCUGGUUUACCAGUAGAUGAUUCUACAAAUACUUGGAUGGAAGUACUGGAUGAACCAAUGACAUUAUCUGAUGACGAGGAGGUCGAAAUUCAGACACCACCAUAUGUUGCUCCUUUGGAACAAAUUGAAGAGAGUACUACUAUCGUAGUAAAGGACACCACUGAGAUUACAGACAGUGAAGAUCCCCAGUCUGUUGGCGAGGAACUCAAGCAAAUGUCUGUGGAUAUUAAAGAAAUUAUUACCGAGACUGAGGUUACAGUGGUGAAGUCAAUCGAUGAACAUGUGGAAGAUCAUAAGCAAGAAGUAUCUGAGAAAACUAAGCCAGAACCUAUACAUGUCGAAGAGAAGCCUAAUAAACCCGCUUAUGCUGGUUUGCCAGUAGACGAUUCUACAAAUAUUUGGAUGGAAGUUCUAGAUGAACCAAUGACAUUCUCUGACGAGGAAGAUGAAAUCGUUAAGGUGUCAGAAGAAAUACAGAAAACGGAAGAAUUUACUGAAGUUGAAAGAUCAUGCGAAACUGUGGUCCAGACUGUUACUGAAGAUGUGCAACAAACUUCGACAGAGGUCAUUAUGACAGAUGUUGCACAGAAGUUGAUAGAGGAGAGUUCAUCCGAUGAAGUUGCUAAGGAUACAGAUGUAUUAAAGAAGAUCGGAGAACAUGUUCAGGAGGAAGCUAUACAGAAACCUGAAUACAUAGAAUCGAAUACCGAAGAAUCUAAGCCAGUCCUUCCAGAAACACAACAAGUUCCAGAAGAAGCUAAACCCUCUGCCGAAAAGCCAUCUAAGGUAUCAGAAGAAAUCAAGAAGCCUGCUUAUGCUGGUUUGCCAGUCGAUGAUACGUCAAAUGCUUGGAUGAGUGUAAUGGAUGAACCCAUGCAAUUCUCUGACGAUGAGGUCGAAGUAUCUGAAAAACCAUUCACGGCCCCAUUGCAGCCAUUUUCCAAAAACAAGAGCGUUGACACUGUCAAAGAAAAUAUAGAUACAACUGAAGUAAUUUCCCAGGACCCUAAGGAAGAAAAUGCAACUGAAGUCGAAGAAAUCAUCGAGAUGAAAACAACAACCGAGCCUGCUCCAAUCAGUAAUGUAUUUGAUUUGCCACAAUUGGAUGUUUCAUGGAAGGAUGAUACCAAGGUUGGAUUGAUCGAAGAAGCCGAAGAAGCUACAGAGACUCCGGAUAUAAAAGAAAUUAAGCCGUCUUCCACUUAUGCCGAUAUGUUGAAACAAACUACAGAAUUCAUUGACUUGGAGAAGAAACACAUUCACAAACAUCCAGCAAUAGUAAAGCCUGCAGAAACUAAGGAGGAUACGGAUGUACCUGUUGUCAAGGAGGAAAAACCAAAGAAGGCUGAAAAACGUAAGAAGGAAAAGAAGGUUAAAACCGUUGAUGAUUUGAAGCCAGUUGCGGUUGAGAACAUUCAGGAAGCACCACAGGAAUCGAAUAUUGUUCAAUCCGAAGAAAUUGUGGAAUGUGGAACCACCACUGUGGAUACUACUACAACUAACAAAAUGUCAUGGUCAUCGAUAGUACAACAAGUUCCAGAAUCAACCCCUGAAAAAUCGACGUUGCCUGAAAUUAUUCCCGAACAGCCUAAAUCAGAUAAACCUAAAGAAGAUCUUAAGGCGAAGCACGAAAAGAAGGACAAGAAAUCAAAGGUAACCGUUGACGUUGCCGACAAACAACGUGAAGCUGAAGAACAAUCUAAAUCAGCCAUCGUUGAAGAACCAACUGUUGAAGAACAGCCUGCGGAAGAAUUCACAGGCACAACAACAGUUGAAUUACCCUCACAAACAAACAAAUUGUCGUGGUCUUCAAUUGUUCAACUAGUCCCAGAAGCUCCUGUUCCGCAGGAUAAAAUUACCACUGAACCUAGCGAUGAAUCUCAACCGAAACCAUCACUGGCUCAACAAACGACUGUGUUCAUCGAAACCGAAAAGGCUAAAACGGAACCUAAGAAGAAACGUGAGAAGAAGGACAAAAAACAAAGUCCACGCAAGGCCAGCCCAGAAAAGACCGAACUAAUUGUAGAGCACAAACAAGAUGAAACUGUGACUAUUGAACAAGAAGUCGUGGACGUUACUGCUGCAACUUCUUCUAUGCCUGAGACGAUGGAACCAACUUCCGUUAAUACUACGGCACCGACUAUGUCAUGGUCUUCCAUACUUCAACAAGCUCCUGAACCAAUAGGCGAGGAUGUAAUGAAAGAAGAACUAAAGAAACCGGAACCAAGAGAAACUGAAACAGUUAUGAUAGAAAGAACCAAAAAACGCGAAAAGAAGGACAAAAAGAAUGCCACUCGUAAACCAAGCCCAGAAAAGUGUGAAGUUGUUGUAGAACCCAAACAAGUAGAAAUUCCUGUCACUGAACAGGAAAUUCUCAUAGGUACAACUCCUGAAACUGCGAUUACUGAACAUGAUGUCAUCGACAAAGCAGACACAACUACCACUAAUUCUGAGACAUUGGAAACAACAUCUUCUGUCGUAACUUCGUCAACAAUGUCAUGGUCUUCCAUACUCCAACAAGCUCCAGAACCAGUGUCGGAGGAAGCAAAGAAAACCGAACCAAAGGAGGAAAUAAAGAAACCUUCUGUGGCACACAAAACAGCUACCUUCCUCGAAACUGAAAAAGUGAAGAGUGAGUCUCAAAAGAAACGUGAAAAGAAAGACAAGAAACAAACUUCUCGCAAGAGUAGUCCAGAAAAGAUGGACAUUGUAGACGAACCUAAGCAAGAGAAGAAGCCAGAACCAGUUAUUCACACGGAGGAUACAACUGUGGAAGCGGUUGAAACCGAAGAACAAAUUAUUAGGGGUACUGAGACAAUUCCAACUAGUCCUGAGACGCUAAAUAGUACCGUAUCUUCUCCAAUAAUGUCAUGGUCUUCUAUACUUCAACAAGCUCCUGAGCCCGUACCAGAGGAUCUGAAGAAAUCAGAAUUAAUGGAAGAGUGCAAGAAAUCUACGGUGCCUACUAAAACAACAACUCACAUCGAAAGUGAAAAAAUAAAGACUGAACCUCAAAAGAAACGCGAAAAGAAGGAUAAGAAAUACAAGGCUCGUAAGUCUAGCUCAGAAAAGACUGAAGUUGUUGAAGAACCCAAACAACAGGAGAUAUCAGAAGCUGUUACAUCAACGGAAGACAGAAUAACUGAAACGGUAACAACUGAAGAAAAUGUAAUUGUGGUUACUGACAAUCUUAGAACUACCACCGACACCUUGGAGACUACUACCACUACGCCGAAAAUGUCAUGGUCAUCCGUUCUCCAAAAGGCUCCAGAACCAGUUCAAGAUGAAGCUAAAAAGCACGAAGAGAGGGAGGUGGUCAAGAAACCUUCUGUGGCUCAAAAAACCGCAACUUUCCUCGAAAUUGAAAAGGUAAAUGCCGAACCUCAAAAGAAGCGUGAGAAGAAGGAAAAGAAACAGCCUGUUCGUAAGACUAGUCCAGAAAAGGCUGAAAUUCCAGAGGUAUCUAAAGUAGAGAAAACAUCAGAAAUAGUCGUACCAACAGAUGAGAUAUCUUCUGAAACUGUGGUUACUGAGCAAAAGGUUAUUGCCAUUACUGAUACAAUUACCACUACUGCUGAGACAGUGGUAACUACUGGCACAUCUUCAACAAUGUCAUGGUCGUCCAUACUUCAACAAGCCCCAGAACCAAUUCCCGAGGAAGUAAAAAGACCAGAACCAAAGGAAGACACCAAAAAACUUUCUGCUGCUACCGCUACUUUCCUCGAAACCGAAAAAGCAAAGGCUGAACCCCAUAAGAAACGUGAAAAGAAGGACAAGAAACACGCCAGCCGUAAAGCCAGUCCUCAAAAGGCAGAAGUUAUUGACGAACCCAAACGAGAGAAGACCACAGAACCUAUUGAGGUGGCUGUUAUUGCUGAACAAAAAGAUGUUAUCGUACCGGAUACAACCAUUGUUUCCCCAGAAACUUCGGAAGCAACGUCUGUAACAACUCCUCCGGUUAUGUCAUGGUCGUCCAUACUUCAAAAAGCUCCAGAACCUGCACCAGAGGAAGUAAAGAAACCCCAACAAAAAGAGGAAGUAAAGAAGCAACCUUCUGUUGCACAAAAAACUGCUUCCUUCCUCGAAUCUGAGAAAACAAAAGUGGAACCAGUGAGAAGACGUGAAAAGAAGGAAAAGAAGCCCGCUACGAGAAAACCCAUUUCUGAAAACAUUGUUAACGAACAGGAAGAUGUUUCCAAAAUUGACACAACAGUUGUGGAGGUAAAGGAAAUAAACACAAUUGUUGAGAAUGAAGAGGAAACGUUUAGAAUGCCUACAUCUCAGCCAAGCGGCGUAAUAUCCUGGUCCGAAAUACUAAGGAAGGCUCCAGAACCACCUAAGGACGAUAUAGUGGCUCACCCUCAAACAGAUGUUCCUCAAAAGAAGGCAGCGAUUAAAUCAUCCUCCGAUUCGGAUACAGUUGACGAAAAAUCUGAAGUGAAAGUGUCGAAACGAGAAAAGACAAAGAAGAAAAAGACGGAGAAACAACCGAAAAGGGAAACAAUAAAACCAACACAAGUUCCUUCAGAAGUUCUGCAAGCUGAUAAUAAGGACGAGGAGUCCGUUAUCAUGGAACAUAUUCCAUCAGUUGUGCAGGAUGUUACGAAGCCAUCAGGAUUGUCUUGGUCUGCUAUUGUCAGUCAACCCGUUGCAGAAGAAGAAACUUCUGAACCAAAGACAUCAAAGAAGGAAAGUCCAACAGUGUCACCAAAACCAAGAAGACCAAAACACAAGCAAUUAAUAAGCGAACAUAUUCCAAAGGCUGAAACCGAGGAAAAUGUUAUGGAGUUUGUCGAUAAAGUUGAACAAAUCGAAGAUUCAUCCUGGUCGUCUACUGUCCAUACAGCGGCCACUACAGAUUUUACUCAGACUGUGACUACUACAGUUGUUCCUGAAAUCAAGAGUAUAUGCAAGGAACCUCAAACUACUUCGUGGUCUCUUCCCGCAAGUGAAGAUGAGGCUGAACCAGAACCAAAGACAGACACUUCCAGUGGUCAUAUGAAGUCAUGGUCAGAUAUUUUGAAGGAAAAUAUUAGCCAGCCGUUCCUUGAUACCGCAAAGAAGGCUUCCUUUGACUCGAAGAAGAAGACCCAGGAGUUCAUUCAACAAGAAAUGCAUUCGAGACUACCUGAAAGAAAAUCCAAGGAAAAGAAACCCCACGACGUAAAGACAUUGCCGGUAACAGAGGUGACACAUCCAAUUACACCACUGGAUGCUGAACCGUCAACAACAAAGAAGGCAAAGAAUGAAAAGAAAUCAAAGAAAAUUAAAUCUGAACACCAUAUUACAGAACCCCUUCAGACCCAAGUAGAUUACGACGAACCAGUAGAUAUAAUUCCUGAGACCGUGGAAAUUGUAUCGGAAAUCACCGCUCUCACUGAGAUGAGAGCCGAUACAACAACAACCGAAGAAGUAAAGGAAAUUAUAAACAAGCCUUGGACACCAGUUGAAGAGAUUGAAGAAACAGUGAUCGACAAACCUGAGCAUACAGUCGCCGAACAUGUUCCGGCUCAGGCAGAACUUAACGAAUCAGUUGACACUCUUCCCGAGACAGUGGAAAUCGUAUCAGAAAUUACCACACUUACUGAGACGAAAACUCAUACUACAACGACCGCUGAAAUGAAAGACUCUACGAGCAAGCCUUGGACUCCAGUCGAAGAAAUUGAAGACUCCUGGUUCCCGGCCCAACAAAUCCAAACUCCUCAAUUUGAUAAAGAAGCUUCACCAGUAUGUUUACAAACAACUGCGGAUGAUUACAAAUCGACCGCCCAAAAAGAAAUAAUUCCAUCAACCCCAGAUAGAGAUAUGGUCCUUGAAGUAGGUACUGAAGCAAAGGAAUCUCUUGUUGAAGAAACCCCCGAAGAUAUAUUAAGGGAGGAACAGCCUAAAUAUGAUGUCGUGGAAGAACUCUCUCAAACACUUAACAUAAAACAAACAGUUACGGACUUCAUCGAAGAAGAAAGACAAACUCAUUUAGAAGUCGAUGACGAAAAGGGAGAAUCUGAAACAGUUUCAGAGCUCUUAAAACCAACUGAAGUCUAUGUUGAACAGGGAACAGUUGUAUUUGAAACUGUUACCACCACAGUAGCAGAGUCCCAAGUUGUCGAUUCACAUGUUACCGAAGAAUCUUUAGAAACUGAAGUACAGGCAGAGAAACAAGACAUUGAGGAAGUCCAACCUGGUCUAGAAAUUGUAGAUGAGAAACCAACUGCAAAUGAUCUUCCAACCUCUGAAGUCUUAGACAAAUCUUCGACUGUGGUAGAAACCAUCGUUACAGAAAUUGUAGAAACUCCAAUGGUUGAAGUAAUUGAGUCUUCUAUUCAAGCAGAGAAACCAACUGCUGUUGUCGAAGAGCUCAAAUUUGCUGAAGAUGUUAAACCUUCGGACAAUUUCGAUACAGAAGAAGCACCAACAUACAAGGCAGAUAAACCAUCUGAAGACAAUGUGCAAGAAGUGGAUUCAAAUACAGUGAUUGAAACUAUACCUGAAGUUAAUACCGAGCCUAACGUCGAAGUAACUCCAAUUGUAGAAAAGGUUGAAGUGAUACCUGCAACUGUUGAAAAUGUGCCAGAUGUAAUUGCGGAGGCUACUGGACAAUUCACAGAUGAUGUCAAAUCCGAAAGUGUAAUUUUGGAGGAAGACAAUCAGAAGACAAAAUCAUGGGCAGAUUUGUUGAAAGAAGAUAAACCCGGUUCACUGCCUAAAUCGGAGAAAGCCUCUGAAACUACCGCUCCAACAUCUUCCGAGAUUGUACUUACAAAAGACACGAAGAAAGAUUCACCUGAAGAAGUUUCAAUUAUUGAAACUGUAAAUACUGAGAUUUCUGAACUUAUUGUUGAAGACGACAAGCCAUUGGCAGAGGAAGAAGCCAAAUCAGAAAUCCAAACCGAAAAGGUAGAUGAGGAAUGUGCCCUGAAAGAUAAGAAAUCGAAAAAGAAGAAGGACAAAAAGCAGAAGCCAAUUACUCCCGCCACACCCGUUGAAUCUGGAGUUGUUCCAUCUACUGAGGAAAUUUCUGUUGAAUCUAAAACAGUUGUUGAUACUGUUGUAACCUCGAUUGAAGAAUCAAUUGUUGAAACAGUUAAAACAUCUUCCGAGGUUGAAACUUCAAACGUCGUUGAAGAACCUAAAACUAUAUCAACGACUGUUCCUUCAACACCAAAAUCUUGGUCUGAUUUGCUGAAGGAUAAUAAACCUGUACCUGAAACGAAACCAGAAGAAGUCACUCCAGUUAACCCAACUGUUUCAACCACUGUUGUUGACGAGGCUGCUAAUACCGACAUUUCUGAAGUUAAUGUUGAAGACGUCAAGCCAUUGACAGAGGAAGAACCCAAAUCAGAAAUCCAAACCGAAAAGUUAGAUGAGGAAUGUGCCCUGAAAGAUAAGAAAUCGAAAAAGAAGAAGGACAAAAAACAAAAGGCAAUUACUCCCGCCACACCCGUUGAAUCUGAAGUUGUUCCAUCUACUGAGGAAAUUUUGAUUGAAUCUAAAACAGUUGUUGAUACUGUAGUAACCUCGAUUGAAGAAUCUGUUGUUGAAACAAUUAAAACAUCUUCCGAGGUUGAAGCUUCAAAUGUCGUUGAAGAAACUAGAACUACAUCAGAGAUUGUUGCUCCUACACCAAAAUCAUGGGCUGAUUUGCUGAAGGAUAAUAAACCUGUAUCUGAAACGAAACCAGUAGAAUUUACUCCAGUUAGUCCAACAGUUCCAACCACAAUUUUUGACGAGGCUGCUAAUACCGAAAUUUCUGAAGUUAUUGUUGAAGUCGUUAAACCAUCGGCAGAGGUAGAACCCAAAUCAGAAAAAGUAGAUGAGGAAUGUGUACCGAAAGAGACGAAAUCGAAAAAGAAGAAGGACAAAAAACAGAAGGCAAUUACUCCCGCCACACCUGUUGAAUCUGACAUUGUUCCAUCUACUGAGAAAAUUUCGGCUAAGCCAGAAACAGUUGUUGAUACUGCUGUAAUUUCGAUUGAAGAAACUAUUAUUGAAACAAUUAAAACUUCUCCCGAGGUUGUCGUUGAAGAAUCUAGAACUACAUCAGAGAUUCUUGCUCCUACACCAAAAUCUUGGUCUGAUUUGCUGAAGGAUAAUAAACCUGUAUCUGAAGAAAUCACUCCAAUUAGUCCAAUCGAUCCAACCACUGUUACUGAUGAGGCUGAUAAUACUGAGAUUUCUGAAGUUAUUGUUGAAGACGUUAAACCGUUGGCAGAAAUAGAACCCAAAUCAGAAAAAGUAGAUGAGGAAUGUGCUCUAAAGGAGAAUAAAUCGAAAAAGAAGAAGGACAAAAAACAGAAGGCAAUUACUCCCGCUACACCCGUUGAAUCUGAAGUUGUUCCAUCUACUGAGGAAAUUUCGGUUGAAUCUAAAACAGUUGUUGAUACUGUUGUAACCUCGAUUGAAGAAUCAAUUGUUGAAACAGUUAAAACAUCUUCCGAGGUUGAAACUUCAAACGUCGUUGAAGAACCUAAAACUAUAUCAACGACUGUUCCUUCAACACCAAAAUCUUGGUCUGAUUUGCUGAAGGAUAAUAAACCUGUACCUGAAACGAAACCAGAAGAAGUCACUCCAGUUAACCCAACUGUUUCAACCACUGUUGUUGACGAGGCUGCUAAUACCGACAUUUCUGAAGUUAAUGUUGAAGACGUCAAGCCAUUGACAGAGGAAGAACCCAAAUCAGAAAUCCAAACCGAAAAGUUAGAUGAGGAAUGUGCCCUGAAAGAUAAGAAAUCGAAAAAGAAGAAGGACAAAAAACAGAAGGCAAUUACUCCCGCUACACCCGUUGAAUCUGAAGUUGUUCCAUCUACUGAGGAAAUUUCGGUUGAAUCUAAAACAGUUGUUGAUACUGUUGUAACCUCGAUUGAAGAAUCUAUUGUUGAAACAAUUAAAACAUCUUCUGAGGUUGAAACUUCACAUGUCGUUGAAGAAACCAGAACUACAUCAGAGAUUGUUGCUCCUACACCAAAAUCAUGGGCUGAUUUGCUGAAGGAUAAUAAACCUGUACCUGAAACGAAACCAGAAGAAGUCACUCCAGUUGGCUCAACUGAUCCAACCACUGUUGUUGACAUUUCUGAAGCUAUUCCCGAAGACGUCAACCCAUUGACAGAGGAAGAACCCAAAUCAGAAUCCAAGAAGAAUGACAAAAAACCAAAGGCAAUUACUUCCGCCACACCCGUUGAAUCUGAAAUUGUUCCAUCUACUGAGGAAAUUUCGGCUAAGCCUAAAACAGUUGUUGAUACUGCAGUAACCUCGAUUGAAGAAACUAUUAUUGAAACAAUUAAAACAUCUCCCAAGGUUGUCGUUGAAGAAUUUAGAACUACAUCAGAGAUUGUUGCUCCUACACCAAAAUCUUGGUCUGAUUUGCUGAAAGAUAAUAAACAUGUAUCUGAAACUAAACCAGAAGAGGUCACUCCAGUUAAUCCAAUCGAUCCAACCACUGUUAUUGAUGAGGCUGAUAAUACCGCUAUUUCUGAAGUUAUUGUUGAAGACGUCAAGCCAUUGACAGAGGCGGAACACAAAUCAGAAAAAGUAGAUGAGGAAUGUGCUCUGAAAGAGAAGAAAUCGAAAAAGAAGAAGGACAAAAAACAGAAGGCAAUUACACCCGUCACACCUGUUGAAUCUGAAGUUGUAGAUACUGUUGUAACCUCGAUUGAAGAAACUAUUGUUGAAUCAAUUAAAACAUCUCCCGAGGUUGAAACUCCAAAUGUCGUCGAAGAACCUAGAACUACCACAGAAAUUGUUGCUCCUACACCAAAAUCUUGGUCUGAUUUGCUGAAGGAAAAUAAAUCUGUGUCUGAAACGAAAUCAGAAGAAGUAAAUCCAGUUAGUCCAACUGAUACAGCCACUGUUGACGUUACCACUUUGUCGGUUUCUCAACCCGAGAAACCCACAGAAACUGUUGUCCAGCAGUUAGCAAUUACCAUGGAUGUAAAACAAACAGUGGCCGAUUUCUUGGAACAAGAGGGUCAAGCAGAACAAAAUCCGAUAGUAGAGAAAGCAGAGUACAUUAGAGAAACUAUGCCUGUUGAAGCUUCUGUUGAUGUUAAUGUAACAUCUGAAACGCGUUCAAAGAAGAAGAAGGAGAAAAAGGAAAUGAAAACAAAAGAUAAAUCAGAAAAUGUGGUACUACCUGACACUAAGCCAAGUAUUGAAAUUACUCCUAAGAAUGAAAGAGCGGUAUCUCCUCAACCACCACCGCUACUGAAAUCAUGGUCUGCGGUAUUAAAGGAGAAUAUUCCUACACAGGCCCAAACAGUGAAACAAGCUUCGUCCACAUUUAUUCAACAGGAGCGAAAGCCCGAGGUUAUAGUUAAGGAAGCUAUUCAUAUCGAAGAAACUCAGGAGUCUUCUGAGAUUUUGGAAGAAAAAUACCCAGAGGAAACGGAAAACACACAGACACAACCUGAAAAAGAACCAGUAGCCAAGCCAAGUCAGACUGAAUAUGUUCCAAGUGUAGAAGAGGUUGGUGAAAUAAAUGUCGAUGCAAAGGAAGCCUCGUGGUAUGAUGAGGUCGUCGAAGAGGUCCAUGAAGAUAGUUGGGUGAUUGUUUCCGAAGAUGAUGUUAAAACUCUUCCUUCCACCGAAAACACUGUGCCUAAAAGUACAGGAACCCCCACCGUUGAGGAUUCAGUUGUGAACGUUCCUUUAGUUCACGAACAUGGACUAGAUGUCAAAUCAGUGGACAAUAAAUCGAAAAUCGCUGAAGAAGAAAGUAAAACUGCAGAAGUUACGGAUAUUAUUGUACCCCUACCUCAGCAAUCUGUCCCUCAACAAUCUGUAUGGUCACUAUCUGAAACAUACGCCGAGGUUGUAAGAAAAUCUGGUCUGAUUGAACCAGGCAAGGUGCGUUAUUCACCCCAGCCAAUAAGACGAACCGAUACACCAAUAGAACAUCUGCCUCAAAGUUCAACAACUCAAGACAUAUUGGCUGCACAAGACGAUGUUAUGCAUUCUGAACCCGCUCAGCCCGCAUCAGAAUCCACAGAAAUGGUGGCGGCUAUAGAAAGAAUCGUAACCGAUUUGGAGGAAUCCAGUUGGUCUGAAGAACCAACGUCAAUGACUUGGCGUGAAACAGAAUCUGAACCGCACCCGGCAGUUGAACAACCGGUGCCCAUAACACCAUGGACAACAACGGUGGAAAGUCAAGAAAUGCAUACUACAGUAAUCACCACAAGGAAAUCUCGUAAACAGGAACGUCCCACAAUUAAAGUUAGCGAUGUUCCAAAAGAUGAUGUGCAGACAGAUUCUACAUCGGAAUGGUUGACAGUCAGACCAAGAUCGCGCUCUAGAUCACAUUCGAAUCAAUCACGAAAAUCAACCAAAAAGUCAAAGAAAACACGACCCUCACGUAGCUCAGAACCCACGGAACAAGUCGCCCAGACGGCGAUCACACAUGUCGAUGUUGCACCUAUGUCCAUACAGGAACCCGAACCACAGCUGGAAUCAAGUCUUAUUGAGCCAGUUGUUAGUGCUCACGAUGUUAUUGUGGACCAGGCUACACCAGCUCCUGUACCCGUAACAACUGGAAUGUCUUGGGCUGCUAUUGCCGCUCAGAAUGUGCCACAACCCGUUCAAAAGAUUCGUGUUAUUACUGAAAGUGAAAAAGCAGUUGCACAGACAACAGCGAGCGCUAUCGAUACAGAAUCUCCUAAGACAAUUAUUAGUGUGAAAUUGGAACCCGAAAAGAAGGAGAAGAAACCUAAACAGAAGACCAAGAAGAAGUCUGAGUCUAAGAGCGUGUCACCCAGCGGACGGGUUACGAAGCAAGUAACGGAAAUAGUCAAGGAAACAAUUGAAACUACUCCAGAAUCUGAUACGUUUGUUUCACAAACCACAUAUUGGACAGCCACUUUGAAACCUGGCCAGAUAACAAUACCAGACAAGGCGGAAGAUGUCGUGGUUCCCGUCGAAUCGCCAACAGAAACCCCUAAGUCUUGGGCUGCCAUAAUCAAAACAGAGGAGAAGGUGUUCGAUGAACCAAUUCCAUUGACCAAAGAACCAACCGAAACUGUUGCUGAAACCCAAGGUGUUUGUAAACCAACUUCGACUGAAAUUCCUCAACCUGAUAAACACACUUCUACGGUAGAACAAUUCCUGGAAGUUGAAAGUUCGACUGAAAUUCCUCAACCAGAUAAACCCACUUCUACGGUAGAACAAUUCCUGGAAAUCGAAAGGCAAUCUGGUGAAACGUCGAAACCCCAAAAGAAGAAGAAGGAUAAGAAACCCAAGGGCGAACAGACUGAAAAACAAUCGACACCUGUCGAAAACGCACCUGAGGCUGAUACCUUUGUUUCGCAAACACAUUAUUGGUCGGCUACAUUGAAACCGGAACACAGAUCUAAAACACCAGAGAAGAUUAAUGUAUCUCAAACAAGCGAAGUGGCUGUGGAAGUGCCCGUGCAGUCACCAACUGAAACUCCGAAAUCAUGGGCUGCUAUUGUCAAGACCGACCAGAAAGUGUUUGUUGAACCGACAACUGAAAAUGUAACGGUUACCACAAGCGAGUCAGUCGAUCAACCUAGAGUAGAGGAAGAAAAUGUCAGUGAUGACAAGCCUGCCGAAAUUGAGCAUAAAGAAACGGAUGAUGUAUCACAAACUUGUGUUCUUCCAGAUCCAGAUACAUUCGUCGCACAGACUCACUACUGGUCAGCAACCUUGAAACCAGAGAAAAUCAUUAUUCCGGAAACUACAUCUGAAGUACCUGUGCAAUCUCCCACUGAAACUCCUACAUCGUGGGCUGCUAUUGUCAAGACUGAUGAAAAGGUAUUUAAUGAACCGACAAUGGUGGCAGCAGAUGUUGCCAAGGAGAAGACAACUUCAGUCGAAACACUUGAAGAAAUUGUUACUGUAACAACAACAAGUGAACACACGAAUUUGGAAGAAGUCGCCACAAGCGAUGUGGUUUCUGAGGAAACAAAGAAAAAUCUAUCAACUUUUGAAACCGUUGAAACAAUUGUGGAGAAUAUUGAAGUUCCAGAAGCCGGUGAUCAGCCUCAAGCUGAUUCUACAGUUGAAGAAGUUCCAGACAAUGCAUCAGGACCCGCUCUUGAUGCUGUUGAGGUACCGGUAGCAUAUCCAACUGAAACAGUGUCCGUUGUUGAAACAAAGCCUGAUUCAAGUAAAAUGGAAACCCCAACAAGUGGCUCUUUGACCCAACAAUUAAUUGAAGCGGAACAACAACAUGAAACUGCGGAAGGAUUUGUAUCCCAGACUAGUUAUUGGUCUGCAACUCUUAAACCAAGUUCAAUCGUAAUUCCUGCAACCGAAGAAAUCGAAAUACCUGAAAUCCCAGUCCAGUCACCAACAGAAACACCCAAGUCUUGGGCGGCAAUUAUACAGACUGAAGAAAAGGUAUUCACACAGGAACAACAACCAGCUGUAGAAAAUAUUGAGUCUGUUGCAGAAGAACCUGUAGCAUGGUCUUCAGUAGUGGUUAGUAAAACUACCGACUACCAAGAUCCUAAACCUCAACCAAUUGUUGAAGCCGAUGAAUCUCAAAUUUAUUUGACGACUACUGUUACCACUCACAAGGAUCUACCGAUAGAAACCGAAGAAGAAUCGCCUUCUUCCUAUGUUGCCACAACUGUUACCACCCAUACACCACCACCCACCGAGGGUGAGAAAGAAGUUGCUACAUAUGUCUCCACUGUGGUUACAAGUCAUACCGAAUCGAAUGCUGUUCCCGAAGCCGAACUCUGCACUGUGGUCGAUUCCGAUGAAUUGAAACGCAUUCACGAAGACGAAUUGCGUUACAAUUUGUAUCAAGAAAUAAAUAAGUACUGGACCACUAAAUAUGAAAUAUUCGAAAAUGCUCUCAAAGUGAAACAUACUUCGCAAGAACCUGAGAACGAUGCUGUCCCAAUCGAAGAUCCAAAACAAGAUGAAAGUUCUCCAGAGCGGCAACAAUUUAACAUUUGUGAUUCUGCUCCUAUCGACGAUAGUGUUCAGCCAGGUGUAACAAUUGAAGAAGAUACCCCAACAGAUAAACUGUUAGUGCAUUUAAGCACUGAUUUACAAUCGAAGGUAUUGCCUUCGUUUAACGUGUUUGAAACCAAGUGGGUAUUAAGUCAAGCCCAAGAAAGUGCUCCAAUUCAAGAAAGUCAGGAGCCAAGUCAGGUAACAGGAAGUCAGGUUAUUACAAUUGAAAAAUCCACUACAACUUCCGAAACGUUUAAGUCCAUUAGCCAGGAAAGUGCCCCAGUUCAAGAAAGUCAGGAGCCAAGUCAGGUUAUUACAAUUGAAACAUCCACUACAACUUCCGAAACGUUUAAGCCUAUUAUUUGUGUCUGUCCAGAGGCUCCGGUAGAAAUAGAAGAAGCUCCAAUUAGCGAAGAAUCCUUAUUGAACAAUUUGUUCAACGAUAACUUCUCUAAGAUCGUUACAGAUUACUAUAAAAUACUCAGGCAUGAAGGCUCUUUGGUCCAACUAGUUGAACCACAUGAAUCCCUUGCAGAUUCUGUCCAAAAGACUGAUGAAGAACCCACUUUGACCUCUGACACAACUGAUAAGACUGAUAGUGAGAUUGUUGUUAUGACUACAACAAACUCCGACGUUAGCAUUCCCCUCAAAGAUGUUGGUAUACCUUCACUCACAGCUACCGACCCCGAUACUCUGCUCUUGAAUUUGUCUAAGGAUUCUUGGGUGUCCAAUGAUCUAAAGACAGACUCUGUUGACAGUUUAUUGGCUAGUGUAACCGUGGAAACUACUGACAAAUUGGAGAAAUCCGACGACCUAUCGCAAACAGACAAAAACGACGAUAUCGCUCAUGUACAAAAGAAGACCGAAUCCAAGGCAGACGCAGGUGACAGCGAUAACGAAGAUGAUGAUGACGACGACGAUGACGAAGAGGGUGGUGAUGGUAAUGCCAUACCAGAAAUACGUAAACCCAAGGACGACGACGAUCAUAGAGGUGGACCUGGUAGUGAUAGUAGUGGACACGUAACCCCCACACCCGAACAUGACAUGAGCAAGGGAGGCAGCUAUGGCUCCUGCUCGUCCCAAUACAUGUCGACUGACUUGCCAGGUGGUAUUGGCCAUUGGCGUGACCAGAGUACUUAUUUAGCCUUAGAUGGACAAGAAGAAGAGGUUAAGGUAGAUGCCAGUUCGACUAGUAAAGUGGGAGAAACACAAACGACUGCUACUGCUCCUCAGCCAAUAAGCAUUCCUGCUGGCCCUGCUGAAAUUAAUGUAACAACUCCCACUUUCCAAUCUGAAUCCCUUAUAUCCCCCAUAACCCUUACCCAUACUGAUUCCACACAAAAUGUAAGUCUUGCUAGUAAACUAACCCCAUUAGCUAAAGCUACUACUACCACAAUACUAAAUGCGGCGGCACAAGCAACGAUGGCGGUCCAAACUGCUAAGACACAAGCAGCAUCAUUACUGCCCCAAGUGGUUGGUGCCUUGGCGCCAUCCGUUGUGGCGGCAGUAACCCAAUCACAAGAACAACAACCAUCAACAACAGUAGAGGAACGGGUUGUAACCAACACCUCUGAGGAGAUCAAAACACCCAUUACGGAAGAAAUCAUUGUGACAACAACAAGUGGAGAACUAGAACCUCAGUCUGCAACAUCGUCAGAUCAAACAAAUGCAGUUGUCACAGAAGACAAUGCAGUUCCAGAAGUGAAAACAGCAACAACAAUAUUCACCGAAGAAAAGUCGACAACAUCAUCUCCAAAUGUUGCCCAAGUUGUCACACCCGGCACCGUUACAACAGUCACCAGAACCGAAAUUGCAAAGGAAACUGACGGACAAGAUAUUGUUGCAGCAACAACACCGUCCACUCAAUUACCACCACUAACCACAAUUCAAACACCCAUUACAACAACACAAACCACCACAACAACCACAACCGUUACAGAGGAAGUUUACAAUCCCAUCGUUGUCAGUGAUCCCAGCAAUGUUAUUCGGCGCACAACAACCACGACCACAACCACAGUUACCGGUUUGGGUCUAGACAGCAUCCAACAACAACAACAGCAGCAACAACAGGCGAAGGAUGUUAUAAAUCAAGAAGUUGAUGAAUUGCUUCAAUCGCUAACCACUGUAGAGGGCGCCAUUGCAUAUUUACCACAGGAUAGUUUGGAUGGUAUGCUACAGGGUCUAAAGAUAAUUCAGGAAAAUCUGGAAUAUCAAGAACAAGAAGCGCAACGAUUGAAAACAGUCAGUCAAACCUUACCAACCGAUCCUGGCACUGAACGUUUAUUGAACGACAUAACCGAUCGUAUUGACCUGCUAUUGAGACGCACACAGCAAGGCAUUACCAUGAUAGCGGCCGCAGUACACGGUCAAAAGAAACGCACCCAAGAACUUGAAGAAUAUCAACAGGAUUUGACAACAAUCGAAAGUUGGAUACGUGAAGUUACCCAAGAACUCAAAGAUUUUGAAUUGACCGCUGAUAGUCCAACCGAUGAACCCACAUUGAAGUUACACGUUGAAAAGAGUCAAAAUCUCUUGCGAACCUUGAAGGAAAGGCAACAAUCAUUGGAAGACUUAACAGGUAGAACCAAGCUGUUAUUGGCUCACGAGGAUGUAGCGCCCAUGGCCAAUAGUCUCAUUGAGCAAUUGCAAUAUGUCAUUACAAUCUUGAGAGAACAGAUUUCUGUUGCCACCAAACGCAUAUUUACAAUUGAAAACAGGAUUGUUGAACUAAGAAGGGCCAAAGAAGAGGAUGAACGUCGCAAGAGAAUUCUAGAAGAUCAGGCCAUACAACCACCUGUGAGCAAAGUUGAUGAAUCUCUCGCCUCCAAUGAUAGCACAGUUGGCUCAAGUCCCAUGCCAGAGGAAGAGGUAAUACCUGUGGUUCACAAUGUUGAAACUCAAACAUCAGCCAGUCUGGAGAAACCCCAGCCGGUGUUGAAAGAAAGUGUCACGGUUGAGGCUCAAACUAGUUUGCCUUUGGUAGAACUGCCAAAAGAAGUGGAAACUGCCGAAAUGGCAAUGCAAACCCACAAGGAGGUGAAACCAACUGAAAAUAUUACAAUUACUCAAAUAAAACAAUUUGGUCAAGAAACAAUUAAAAUCGAUACCGUACCGAAUGUCGAGGUUCCCGAGCAACAGGAAAAUGUUGAAAUUGAAGCUCGUUAUCACCAAAAACCACAAGGUGAUAUCGAAAGAUCUACUGAAUUGGUAUUGAAAAAUGUACCCUCGACAUUUGAAACAACAUUUGUUGAGCCAGAUGAAACCACCACCGUAGUGGUGGUUGCACCCGAUGGCACCAAACACUUUCUGCUCAAAAAGGUCACCCGCAGUCGUCAAGAAAUUGUACAACAGCAACAGGUUAGUACCAUUGCCACAGUAACCGACGCUGAUGGUAAUAUUCAAGUCCAAUCAACCGACCAGAUCAAUUUGGAAAAUAUACAAACUAUUGAUACAAGCGGCGACGAUAAGAAGGGCUAUAGCACUGUUGUUACCCAACAAACCCGUGGUACUCUGGUUGAUGGAUCCAAUCCCGAGGCUGUAGUUGUUAAAGAAUUUGAAACUCCGCCAGAAAUCGUGAAAUACGAAGAAGUUCGUGAAGGUACUGAGUCGCCUAUGACAAUCGACCCUAAACAAAUUGAGCUGGUUACGGCGGAAGGUGUAAACCAAAGCACAAUUCAAGCCAUUGUCCAACAGGUUACACGGAAAAUUGUUCGUAAGACGCGAAAGAUCAUCAAGCGUAUAGUUAUCAUUGAUGGUGUGGAGCAUGUUACCGAGGAAGUGGUUGAAGAGCCUGAAGAGGUUGAGGUAACCGAAGAGGAAAUCCCACCAGAAGUAAAUGUUAACAUUAUACGCACUGUUAAUGGCAAAGUGGUUACCGAGGAAGAAUUCAUCCGCUUGACCCAAGAACCUGGAGUAGUUAUUCAGGAAAUCUCCACCGACAUGACUGAUGCAGGAUCUGCAUCUACACCACAACAGGUAUUUGAUAUUGAUUCCACUACUAUUACCACCACAACCACCCAAACGACUCCAACCACAAAACACGAAACACAACAACAACAACAACAGCCCAUUGCUGAAACUACAGAAAGAACAAACAAAACAACAGAAACUCCUGAAAGUCCAAUCCAUGAAGCACCAGUAGAAAUUGUUGACUUGCCUGCACCUAAUGUAGUAGUUGAGAAAGUUGUCAGAGACACCAUAGUAGAACAACCAGAUCGAAAAGAAGUCGAACCAACAAUUAGUUCCAAUGUUUCAGUACAAUUAGUGCAGCAGCAGGACGAGGAGGUGCCCGUUGUGGAAGAUAUCCAUGACAUAUGGCCUGUUAAACACCAUCUACAGCCCACAGAUAUUGAAUUCUCUCAACACACUGAAACGCCAGUAAGCCCACCAAAGGUUACCACAAACAUUGAACCUAUUUGGCCUCUAAAUGAUGAAACUGGUUACCCAGUGUCAUUGGAAAGAUAUGCAUUUGAAAGAACUGUUCAGCCCGAGGAAAUUCAUGUUCAGCCAAUAACAGUAACAACUACCGUCACCACAACUGAAGAAAAUAUCGACAGUCAUCCAAUUGAUGUUAUUGAGACACAGGCAACUACAACGCCAGCUGUUCCAGUCGAUGUAAAGGAAACAAUGCCCACUGAACCUAUGUCUACAACAGAUCAGACUUCUCUACCACACACAGCAGCAUAUGAGCAAUUAAGUCCCGAUGCACCUAUGGAAGCCACGGACAAAUUCCUUAUGAGCGAAAAACAGGAAUUGAUGGAUGUAAUUCCAGAUAAAUUGACUGACGCAAAGGAAACUCCGCAAGAAGUGACAGCUCAAUUCCUUGAAAGUGAAAAGCCGCAACCAAUGUCACUUAAAGAGCCUGAAGCUCUCCCAGAAGAUUCUAUUCCACAAGAAAUCGAGCCCGCGCCGGGUAAAGCAACUAUUACAAUUGUAAAGACUACGGUGGAAACCACGUUGCCUGGUGUAUCGAAACCCAUUUCCGAAGCUGAAGAAAUCUCGCACAUUAUUACUCGCGAAGGACAGGCGCCAACUGAGGAUGUUCUAUCAACUGAAAGCAUUGUAGAAUCCGAAAUAUCUACCGAAGAUCAAUUCAUGGUGAAACCAAAUGAAGAAAAGCCAAAACUAGAUAUAAAAUCCACAACACAAUUAUUCAUUACUGGGGAAGCCACUGCUUCUCCUAUCACCAUGACGGCUCCAUCUAUUGAACAUAAUGGUUCUAGUGUUCUGAAGGUUGUAAUGACCGAAUCUGAAGACACACGCCCAACAGCUUCUGGUCAACCAAAGGUAACCAUGACCAUAAUUGAAACCGGAAAAGUCCCAAUAGACUCCGAUGAUUAUGAUGAAGCUGACACCAAACGAAGUAAAAAGAAAAAGAAGAAGCCGAAGCCGAUGUCGGAAGUGGAAGAACCAAAAUUAGAAAAUGUAGAAUCUCCAGUAGCCGAAAUCGCAACUGAAGAACCAAUUGUACCAGAGACUGAAGAAGUAUCUACCGUCUCAGAAAUUGGCUAUGAACCCGAUACCACAACAAUCGACGAAGAAAGUGAUGACGAUAAAAAGAAAAAGUUUAAUAAGAAGAAACAACCCAUCAAAGCCCCAGCUGAUGAUGAUAGCCAUGUACCUCUUUCAUCAUUGGAAUAUGAUACAAGUCUGCCUUCAGAAAGUUUGGAAUCGGAGGGCAAAAUUCAUCAAGAGGCCGUUUUGGAACUUAGCCCAGAUAGUGAAGCUUCCAGUAUUACUGCAGAGACAACGGUGCGUGUUGUUGAAGAAGCCGUUAUAACAUCCGAAUCUGAUACACCACGUGAGCCCAUUAAGGAAAUUGUAGUUCCAGUGGAUGUCGUUGAAUUGACAUAUGUCCAAGAUGAGCAACAACAGACCACACCUCGCGAGGAACUACCGCAUGUAAAGGAACCAAUUGAAACUGAGAAAGAUGUUAAAGAAAUCCAGACUUCACCACGUCCAGCAGUGGAAGAUAUGGCCCAACAAACUAGCUUGGAAGUUUUGCCGGAAAACAAAGAAAUGGAAUCUCAAACCCUUAUUGUUGAUGUCAACGAAACAGAGGUGCAAACCGAAACAAUGCAGCAACAUGAUGAGAAAAUAAUACCAACAGAUGAUCAAAUGCCGACUGAAACUGCCUCAGAGCAAGUUCAAACUGAACAGGAAAUGAAACCAGAAACGAGCCAUACUUUCAGUCAAACUGUAGUUAUAUCUACCCUGGAAAAGGAAUUGCAAACAACACCCAGAGAUUCUCCACAACAACCUGAAGUUUCCACGGCUGAUGUUAUAAACCCAUUGGUUAGAGAGUUAAUUGAUGAUGUCGCUAUUGAACUGCCCGAACCGAGAAUGGAAACCUGUGAACAAUUUACUGCUACCGAACAAAAACCAAUGAAUGAGUCAUAUGUUCAGACAUUGACACCUGAAUCUCAAGAGGUUGAAAAUGUUCCUAUUCAACAAAGAGAACAACAAACGUCGACAUUGGAGCUUGUCCUAACAUCAACUAGCCAGAGUCAAACAUCUCCUCGUGAAGAACCAUCUCUGGCGGUCGAAGUUGGAUCAACCUCGGAAGAUUCAUCACUCUCAUCAAGCGAACCAUACAAUUUGGAAAUACAAACCACAGUCACUUUACCACCUGAUUCGGAUGUCUCUGAUGUUCAACCUGUGGUAUUCGAACACACCGAAACUAUUGAAUUGCCCAAGAAAGAUAAGAAAUCUCAGAAGGAAGAAGAAGGCGUGCCUUCAAGUGAUGACGUUUCCGAAAUAAAUGUACAUGUAGAAUUCGAUGAUGCCCAUGAUACUGAACCCAAGAUUUCUGUUCAACCCGGCGAUGCCAAGAGGCCGCAGACGGUGCAAUUGCAAAUCACCAAAACCACAGUCAUUGAACAAUUUCCCGAUUUACCGGUCCAUGUUAGCGAGCAAAACAAAGUCAGUAUUGCAGGCCAACAAACAUCUAAACCACGUUCCAGACCCACAUCUACGGUGACCAUUGAAGAAGUUACUUCUCCAAUGGAAGAAAUUGCUGUGCCCAUAACACCUGGACCAGAUAACGAUGACGAAACCAUUCGACACGAGGAGAGUUUAUGGAUUAAUGCGGCUGCAAAUAUUCCCAAAGAACAGCCAGUCGCUAAGGAUGCAUCUCAAGCUCUCAUUUUGUCUGAAAGUCUUUUGCAUUAUCCCGGACAGCAGACAAUUAUUAUAGAGCGCCAAGAUCCUUGGAAAGAGGCUAAACAGUCGAUCGGAGGUCGGAUGAAACACUUAAAAGACGCUGAAACUCAGCAAACUCCUUUAAGCAAUGUUUUGCAUUUGGCCACACUCUCGCAGCAAAUAAAGGAAGUACCCUUGGACCAAAGAGUUCAAGAGGUUAAUGAUAGCUUGACUGAUUUGGAGAAGGCUUUGGAGGGCGGAAAUGAGAAAGUAAUACAAACAACCGUUAUUACAGUAAUUGAAAAAAUUUCCACCUGGUUGGAGACAAUUGAAUAUCGUGUGUAUUUGAUACGCCAACAGACCAAUGACGGCCCUUCGGAGGAAAAAGUCAAGAACUACAACGAACUCAAUGAUGAGUUGAGUAUCAUUGGCCAGAGUGUAGACCAAUUGGAAGGUCAACUCUGCAAAUCGGAUACUCUGAAACAACCCGAAGUUCAGCAGUGCGUGGAUGCGUUGAAGAUGCACGUCAGUGCUGUUCAGGAAAAGACGCACGACAACCAAGAUCAAGAUAUUAAGGACCUUGAAAAAUGGAAUAACUUUGUUGUGUUGGUUAAUCGCAUAUCAGGACUUUUGGAAGAUUUGCAGGAACGCUAUGAGACGAUUGUUAACCAAGACGGAACUCUGAAACAAAAAUUGUCAUCCUUGGAUGAAUUGGAAACCCAAAAUAACUCUACCCUAAGCCAAAUUGCCCAGCUUAUGUUGAAUGCUCGCGCAUUCCAAAGAGAUUUCCCUGGCAAAAAGGUGCCACAAGAUAUAUACACUGCACACGAGGCUUGUCGCAACAUUAACAACAACAUCAUUGCCGAAAGAGAUCGCCUCCUGCAAUUGCAGGCCUUAGCCGACGAAUAUGAGCAAACAUUGAAAGAGUUCACCAAUAUCACCGUUUUGGCCGACAAAAUGGUCGAUGGUCCGAUUGUAACGAAUAGUUUGGAGCAACUGAAUAAUGAGGUACAGAAACAUCGUAAAUUCUUUGUCAACCUCAGUCACUGUCGAGCUAUGCUUGAAUCCCUUGAAGAGAAUAUUGAUAGUGAGACCAGAGAUAAGCACUCCGAACUGCACAAGGAAUUGUACAACAGAGCCACCAUCCUAUUGGAGAAGGCAUCGGAAAGGUCCUCGAAAUUAGUACAAGCUGCCUCGAAAUGGACCGUCCUGGAGAAAGGCAUGAAGGAAGAAUUACAAUGGUUGCAAGUGGCUCAGCAAAGAGUACCCGACCUGUCGGCUGUUACAUCCGCCGACUAUGACCAAUACACCACCCUCUACCAAUCGUUGAGCCAGGAUAUUUCACACCACUACGUCAAGAUGACCCACAUUUCAAAUAUUGCCAAUAAGUUACAAGACUUAAUACAGGCCCCUAACUUGGUAGAGGAAACCAAUGAGGCGUUGAUAGUCCUCCUUAAGUUGCGGGAAGAAGUCUCAGUGUACUUGCAUCGUUUGCUUGUGUUCAAGGAUAUCUGGACACAGUAUGUCAACCAAACAGAUAAAAUGGAGACAUUUGUGCGCGACAGUGAAAAAGAAUUGAAACAAAUACAAAUUCCCGAAUAUCCAUUGGAGCAACCGAUCGAACAUAUGCGCCAAUUCUGGGAAAUCAAGGCUCAAUUCGAAAUGCACAACAACAUUCGCACGGAGGCCGGCAAUAGCUUCGAAAAAUCACUGCAAGUUAUACCACUAGCCGAUGAAAUGCUACAGAGACAGUUCCAUGCUCAAUUGGAGGAUAGAUGCAAUGCUCUCGCCCAAGACAUUGAACGUAUACAAAAUCAAAUUGUCCGCUCUCUGUCCUCGGAAGACGUAGCUCCCGAAGAUAAACUGAAAUUGGUGGAGAGAGAAUUGCAAGAAAUCUACUUGACCAUGACCAGCAUGAAGGGAGUCAUCAAAAAUGACGAAGAACUGAGCCUUUACAUCGAACGCUUGCAGGUGCUACGCACACGUGUAGGUUUCAUAGGCAACGAAUUGGGUAGAAUUGGUCUGCAGGAGCCCGCCAUAGAGCCAGAAAAGGUGGGCGAACUAUUUGCUCUCUCUCACAAGAUCACCACCCAAAUUGCAGAGGAACUAGAGGGCGCUGGAGUACUUAAACAACAGCUACAAGCUAUUCAAGAGGGCAUCUCAAAUCUUCGCAAACACCAUGCAAAACUUUCCGUUAUUCUUGAUGAAUGUGAGAGUGCCGAAAAGUUGGGAAGCGAUGCCAUUGAAAAGGCCGUUGUCGAUUGCCAAUCGGUAGGCGAUGACCUAAUUGGAGCCUGGCAGGAAAUUAUGCGUAUACGUCAAAUGUUGCACACGCUACCAAUGCGCUUGAAAAUGUCGGUGUCGCCGGUUAAAUUGGAACGUGAUAUAUCACAAUUACAGGACGAUCACGCAUUCCUUGAGAGCAAAUGUACCAAUAUUAUGACAAUAUUGCGUAAUCGCUUAGCUCUGUGGAUGCGUUACGAACGGCAAUUGGAACUGGUGCACAAUUCUGUGCAGGAGACCGAUUUUAUGAUGGAGUUGUUGAAGGUCCAUGGACAAGUCGAUUACGAGCGCUUGCGUAAAGCCACUGAACGUCUAGAGGGACUCGCUGGUGAUUUACAAAAUCGCGAGACUUUGUUAGAUGAUUUACAGACAUCGGCAAAACCUCUAAUCGAAACUUGUGAUGUUCAGAUAGUUGAGCAAAUCGAAUCAGCCGUCCAAGAAGCUGUCGUAGCCUGGAAUGAUACAUCCGAUAACCUACAGAGCUUAUGUACACGUUACCAGCGUGCUGUAGAACUUUGGCAUAAAUAUCAUAACGCCUCAGCUCAAGUCAAGGAAUAUAUUGAACAACAAAUGGAUACGGUGAAGACCUUCAAACAACCCAUGGAAUCAAUGCAACAUGCCAAGGCCUGUCAAGACAACCUAAACAACCAGGAUGACAAACUGUUAGAGUUGCGCGAAAUGGUUUCGAAAAUAGCAGCGGAUAUUGGUUUGGACGCCUCGAACUUUAUGCAUGGUGAAUUGGAAGAGCUUGGCCAGCGUCUAGAGAACUGCAAGGAGGCCAUUACAACAUUAGCAAAUGUUGCCGAGGCCCAGGAGCGUGAACGAAAAGAAAUUGAAAAGAAUUGUACAGAUGCCAAGGAAUACUUCGACAAUGUGCGCCAGGAUAUCAGUCAAGAAUCUCGAACACCCAAAGAGAGUGAGGACCAACUUAAUAUUUUAAGAAAUCAUUUGCAAACAUUGGCCCGUACCGAAGAGCAAUUAAAACAAUUAAGGGAACGCGAACUAGAUAAUACGUUACCCUUGUUGGAGAAUGGUGGCCAAUUGCGUGAUCAGACUUCAAUUAUUGAGGUUCUGGAAUUAUGGCAAAAGGUAUUUCAGGAUACCUUCCAGGAAUAUCAUCGUCUGUCCUCCCGACUAGUGCGAUCACAGAACUCAACAGAGGCUUUCCGAUUAUGGCGUCAGUAUUUACAACAUGUUCAGUCCUUCCUGUCGUGCUCCAUACCAGAAGAUUACACCGCUCUGAAGGAGCAACAGCACCUGUGUGAAAUUCAUCAGAAUCUGUUGGUUUCGCAACAAAAUGUUCUAGCUUCGCACACUGAGGCUGAACAGCAACAGGAACCCGAAGUUAGUGAACAGUUCAAACAGCUGACAAAUAUGCACAAUGAGACCUUGUCGCGUAUUAUGCAACGCAAUAUAGAAUUAGAACGACGAAUGGAUGUUUGGAACAGUUACCGACAGGAUUUGCAAGUUCUACUCGAAUGGCUAAAGGAACGGGAAAAAGAACGAAGUGCGCUCCAACUCAGAUAUAUACACCUAAAACGUCUCAACCGCUUGCAACAGCGCAUGGAGAUUUUAAUAAAUCAAAUGCCAGUUGGCGAGCAAUUAUGUGCCAAGCUGAAAAAUGAACAACAGGAACUUACAAAAUUCUGUGACGAUGCUUUGGCCACGUCAGUGCGCAUGGAGCAAGCAUCUGUAGUGCAGAGGGUCAACAAUCUUAAAGCUGCAUUGGAGACCUGGUCUGGAUUCCUGACAAAAAUUAAGGAUUUGGAAAAGCAAUAUGAGCAAAAGGUGGCCGACGUACAAAAUCAACUGGGCACCGCUCAGGAACUGGUAACCAAGACUGAAGUUAACCUGCCAAUCUCCCAAGAAGCCAUUCAAGACUGUUUAGGCCAACUGAGAAAUCAACGUGUUGUCUUGUCGCAAUUGACCCCAACCUUGGAAGGUCUCAAUGUUCUGCAAGAGGAGCUCAAGGAGUGCGUCAGCCCUCAUGAUAUGAAAUCCAUACGCCAAUCUAUUUGGAUUUUGUGGCAGCAACACUCCGAUAUUGACUAUGAACUAUCGACGCUAAUCACUACGAUUGAAGAACGCCUCAUGCUUUUGGCUAACUUUAAGAACCGAUAUGAGCGCCUAUCCAAAUGGUUGGACAAAUUGGAAGAACGAUUGGAACGCACAUCCGAUAUUUCGGCUGUGGCCAAUCCUGAAGAGUUUGCCAAACAAUUGGAGAAACAAAUUAAUACCGAACUAACUCUUCGUGAAAGGGACCGUGAAUGGCUUCUGUCGUCGGCUCGAGAAAUAAUGCAAUUGUAUGCUGACCAAACACAUCAUGGCGAAGCAGUACGCUCGGAAGUUCAAGAGAAAUCUGACACAUUGAUUGACAGAUGGGAUCGCAUCAAGUACUUGUGUAAACAGCGUACAAACAAGAUCAACGACCUCAAAAUGACCUUGCAACGUCUCGAGGAACGCAUUGCCCUUCUGCGAUCAUGGAUGUUCGAAGUUGAAUCGGAAUUGGGUAAACCUUUGACAUUUGAUUCAUAUACUCCACCCGUCAUUGAAGCCAAAUUGAAAGAGCACGAGAAAAUCCAACGGUCUGUGGAACAGAAGAGUAGCAAUGUGGGAGAAGUCUUGAAUCUGGUGGAAAUGCUUCUUAACGAUGCAGAUACCUGGAGAGCACAUCUCAAUACAGCCAACCUUGCCUUAGCCGCACAAAAUCUAGAAACCCGCUGGAAACAUGUUUGUAGUCAAUCGGCCGAGAGAAAACAACGUAUUCUCACCGUUUGGAAUAUGCUGCAACAACUAAUCAAAUUGACCACUGAACACAAAGCCUGGCUGCAAAAUCAGGAGACAGAAAUUGCCGCCUUGGAACGUGAUCUAAGUAAAUUGUCCAAGGAACAAGUACAGGAAAGACAGCAGGCGGUGGAACAAAAACUUAAGCAAUUGGAAAGUCAAGAACCGAACCUAAAGCAAUUGGAACAUAUAUACGCAAAAUUGACCUCCAGUUCGGGUGUGGAUCCUGAAAACAUUCAAAAAUUGACAAUGCCAACUAAAGUGAUGCUGACUAAGUGGAAACAAUUGAGCAGCAGAUGUCAUGGCAUAACCGAUACCAUCAAUAAGGAGCUGGCUCUGUAUCGAGACUUUAAAAAGGCCCAGGACGAGGCUGUACAGAGUUUGAGUGUAAUUCAAGGUGAUAUUGCAAAAUUAAUGGAAUCGCCUCCAACCACUCCCGAAGAAGCCAAGGAAGCCCUGCGUAAAAUCGAUAGCUUUGAGCGAAAACUGCAAAAAGUUGAAGCUCAAAUUCAAAAUGCUGAUAAAUUUGCUUCCGAAGCUAAGGGUAAACUAAAGAAGCAAGAAGAUCUGACGACAAUGAUAACAUUGCUAACACAGUUGACGACUUUAUGGCGUGAGAUUCAAACUAAGGUAACUACCAUAAAAAUGGAAUGGGUAACAAAAGCUGCCUCACUGGGUACAGCCGCUGCUGAAGCUGCCAUAACUGCCACAAAAGUUGGUGAGUCAGAUGCAGGUGUCCAAGUAGAUACCUUAUCCAAACGUAAACUGCGCAAAGCCCCUAUGGCACGAGAAACUUCAAUUACUGCCAAAGAUGCCUACAUUAUGGAACUGGAAACUGCCAUUGUGGAAUGUCAAACUAACCUCAAUGAUCUGCAGAAGACAAUAUGCGAUCGUACCAGAAAACCAGGCCCGCAAAAGAUGUCUAAACUAUUGGGCAAUGCCCAGUCGUCAACGGAAUUGGUCAAACAUUUGAGCCAACUGCUGUUGAGUGAAUGCAAUGCCAGCAAGGAAGACGCCCAAACCGAAACAGUGGCAGAGUUGAUGUUACGUUACGCUACUCUACAGUCUCAAUGGAAGGCGCGACAGCAAAACGAUCAAAAUUCAAGCGAGAUCGGGCGACUAACAUGUCCGCUCUGCACACAACGUAACUGGCAACAAAUCGACAACGAUCUCUGGCGUCUCGAACAAUGGCUGCAAUUCGCCGAAGGCACUCAAAAGGCCCAAUCCGCUCCUCCAUCCAAUAUUGAACUGCUGGAGGAUGUCGUACAAGACCAUCGUGAAUUCCUGCUUGACCUGGAAAGUCACAAAUCAAUUGUGAAUUCCCUUAAUGUGGUUGGAGACCAUUUGGCCACACACACUUUGGACACAGAAAAGGCCCGUCAGUUGAGAGAUCGCCUGCAGCAGGAUAACGAACGUUGGAAUAAUGUGUGCAUCAAUGCCACAAAAUGGCAGGGCCAAUUACAAACGGCUCUAAUGGGUAACAGUGAAUUCCAUUCGAUCAUAGACGAACUUUGUGCUUGGUUGCAGCAAACCGAAGCCAAUAUAAAAGCCUCGGAACCUGUCGACCUAACCGAAGAUCGUGCCAUUCUGCAAGCCAAAUUUGAAAAAUUCAAAGAUUUACGUGGUGAAUUGGAACGUUGUGAGCCACGAGUGGUUAGUCUACAAGACGCAGCCGAUCAAUUACUCAAAUCCGUUGAAGGUUCUGAACAAGAGUCCAGCCAUACGUAUGCAAGAACCCUUUCUAGAUUGACCGAUCUGAGACUGAGACUACAAUCAUUGCGUCGUUUAUCCGGCAUUUACAUUGUAAAAUUGGGUGCUGUUCUCGGCGUUGAUGGUGACAACUUGGGUGUAUCGUUACAUAUGCUAUCAAAUGAGCUUUUGGAUCAAUCUGUAACGACAUUACCUUCUUCCUCUUCUAUGCAGGCUGCCGCACCAAACACUGAAAAUGCAAACCAAGCCGAUGGCGAUGCUGCCGAUGGAGAUGUCAUAAAUACCACCGUACUUGCCAGAGGCGCCAGAUUCCUCGGCCGUGUUGCACGUGCCUCGCUCCCCAUACAAGCGCUCAUGUUACUGUUGUUGGGUGUUGCCACACUUGUGCCCCACGGUGAAGAUUAUACCUGCAUGUUCUCAAACACAUUUGCCCGUAGCCUAGAGCCAAUGCUCUCCUAUCCACAUGGACCGCCACCAACAUAAGAUAAUAAUAUAAACUAACAAUCCCUUAACUCUUG